GGCGUGGGGGAUAUGAAUGUCAAAAGAAACAAUGUAAGUGUUUCUGCAGGUUUUCAGGACUUUACUGUCUAUUUAUGAGCCCUCUUAAGACAUUUCAGCCGUGAAAUCCAAGAGAAAAGCAGAAACAGAUGUCUGAAAUUCGCACUCUCUGUAUAUAUGUAUCAUGAUUCAUCACAUACUACGACUUAGCAGCUGAAUUUAACAUGAACAAGAUACUAACAGGUUAACUGUAAAACUUUGCCCAGCUGUUCUCACCAGCGUUACAUCUGGACUUUAUGCGACAUGCUUAACUAGCCACUUCCAUUUUAUACUUUUGGCAGUUAAAUCAAUUACUGACUAUGCUUCAGACUGUUAAAACUGCACUAUUCGGCACUGUCAGGCCUCAUAGUCACACAUUCAAUUAGAGGUUGAAAUAUGUUGUGUGCAAUAUGAGAGGAUGAGGGGCUGUCUGCAAAUUAGGGCCGGGACCUUGAGGGAAAAAUAAUCAAUGGCAGAAAAACUCAAAAACAAAACAGAAAAUAAAAAAGGGGGAAAAAGACAUCAUGAAAUGUUUUGGUUGUUGUACAGUAAAUGACAUGCAUUUAUAUUUAUUUGCUCAGCUAACCCGUGAGAAUGACUUAAGUUCAGUUGUUAUCGAGGGAGCUGGACUAAAUGUCAAAUGAUCAUAACUCAUAUCCCUGGAGUUGCAAGAACAAACAGAAAUAGGCUUUGCUUCCUUUCUUUCUUUGGCAGUGGCAGCAUGUCAUGUCACAGUUUAACCUAUUAUAGUUUCCGGUUAAUUGUUUUAUUCUUAAGAUGAAAAGUAUACCAGCUUUUAUAUGCUAACAUGCACCAAAACGCAUAAGCUGAGAUGUUGGGAAAACAAUUGAAAACUUACAAACACAAAAUUCAAUCAAGCAAAAAACUUGCAAAGAAAAAAAACAGUAAAUUCUUGUUAAGAUAGGAUAACAUCACAGGAGGCCCACUGUGUCCACAAAUUCACAGUAAAAAUAAUCAAUUAAAGUUGCUCUGAUAAAUUUUUGUUUACGAUGAUUUUAAAAUUCCCCAUGGUCGGAGUUUUCACCUUAUCAGUGAUGUUUCCCUGUAAAAGCCAAGAUAGUAAUUCCCAAAUCUAAAAUCUGAUCCCGCUGCGUUUUAAAUAUUGACCACUAACAGCAAAUAUGUGCUUCUGGAAAUGUAAAAUAAAAUCAGUUUCUUCAGCAUGCUGUCAGUCAUCUGGUCUAACCCUUGCAGCUGCUACAGGCAGUAAAAAGUGUAGUGUUCACAGUUACGGGGUUUAGGGGUGUAUAAGUGGGGCCAUGGCCACCCUAGAAUGUGAUUGGCCACCCAAGAGACACCUAGAAAUUGAAACUGUAAUUGCCAAUUUGCUGUUAGAAUUUGUGCUUAUAUUGAAAUCAACACAUUGGGCUUUAAUUAAAGGGAUAUUUCAGUAUUUUUGAAGGAAGGUUGUAUAUCUGAAAGAAGUGUACGAGCCACAGUUGCUUCUUCACAUUUCAUUAUGACGAUUUUUCUUUUGUUGACUACUGUAAAAACCCAACUUCUACCAGAUCCAUGUUCUGUCCAUCUCUGCUCUUCUACAGUUUGGGUUUUUGCCCCCUGGUCGGAUAACAUCCACCAACUGAGUUUUCAAAGUGCAGUAAGGAGCAGCACCGCUGGCUGCUAGAGUGGUAAGACCGAGGAUUUUCUACAUCAAAUACAGGAUCAAUAGUUUUUUAUGAGCUUCUCGUCCAUGUUGUUGUCAUUUGCCCUUAAAUCCUCUUGGCUGUUGACUUUAGAGCUGGAUUUGCAGAUGUUUUGUUGGUGUUGCCUGAGCUGAUACGGGGGCAGAAAGCCAGCGAAGCCUGUGAAAGCACGUAUGCCUAUCAGCUUUGCUGGUGGAGUGGAGACGGACCGACCAUGGAUUUGGUGGAAGUUCCCUGAGACCAGCAUCCUCUAAGUCCAUAAAGAAGUAGAUUCAGAAGAUUUAACUGAAGCCUGUCUGUUGAGUUACAUUUAAAGGGUCAAAGACACCGCAACACCAAGUUAGACAUCUCUGUCGAGAGAUGAAUGUUCCCAAUCGCUUGCAUCUCUAGUACCAAAUUUAGUAACAACUGCAGGAUAGCAAUACACAGCAGUCUGAGGAGUCAUAAACAAACCUCAACCAAAACGCCACUCUAUAGCCACAAAUAAUGUUCAAAACAGCACCUAACUUCAUCAACAGUACAUAUAGGGUCCUAGCCACAGCACUAGCCACCAAACUUUUUAACUUUGUCUGAUUUCCUCAGCAAAGAGACAAAACAAAAUUCACCUACUCUCUUCCAGUAGCCGCUUGUUUGUAGCGAGACCUCAGGCAAGUCCAUUACAGCCUGCUCCGGGGUGACGCAGCUCAAGGAAGAACAUUUAUGAUCAUUACUUUAUAAUUUCCUUGAAGUAAUAGUCAGCAUUUGAAUCAUUUUGCACUGCAGACGCGGUAGUUCUUCUGCCUAACCGUCUCGGUCUGAUUGCAUUUCGUUGAAGAAAUGAUCAUAAUUGUUCUUCCUUGAGCUGCGUCACCCCGCUGUAGUCCAUGAUGGACUGGCCAGAGAUCUCACUACAAACAAGCGACUGCUGGAAGAGAGUAGGUGAGUUGUGUUUAGUAUCUUUGCUAAAGAAAUUAGGCAAAGCUAAAAAGAUGCUUGGUAGCUAGUGCUAUGGCUGGGACCCUAUAUGUACUGUUGAUGAAGUUCGGUGCUGUUCUGAGCAUUAUUUGUGGCUAUAGAGUGGCGUUUUGCUUUGAGUGCUUGGCUCUCUGUAUUGCUAUCUGCAUGUAACAGUGUGUUUGACCCAAAAUUAAUUUUACGCUGGAAUAUCCCUUUAACUGUAGCCUGCCUGGUGAGUUACAUUUAAAAGUUAAAAUUAUAUCCAAGUAAAUGGCAUUUUUUUUAUUUGUUUGUUAUACGAGUCAAAAAUAGUGGAUUGUGAUUGCUCUAGCCUUGGCCACCCCUAUGAAAGUCAAUGCCCCAGUUUGGCCACCCCUGACAAAAAAAAGUCAUAAAAAUCCUCAUAUGUAUUUUUGCAAGUCUUAAAAAAACAUCAUUGUUCAUUUCGAUCUUUUGCACAACCGAUUAAAAAAUAAUUACGGUGGUUUCAAGAUCCAAACCAUUUCUUUCGUAUGGGGGUUAUCUGCAGAAUUUAUCAUAAAUGCUCUGAUUUCUAUAUCAGUGUAGUUUCCCGCAGCUCUAUGAAGAGGACUGGAACAGCGGUUUCACCGAAUGAACUUCUGCCAGCCUUAAAAGUAAGUACAGUGAAAUAUAUGAGACGUCAGCCCAUCACACUGUUCACCUGAACGUGCGCCCUGGAGCUUCUCAGACGCUGCUGACAGCAAGUGCCGCUGACAGGGUCACUUCUCAACGCCGCCCUGACGGAGGAGGUUCGGCGGACAGGGAACUUCAGAGGGCUGAUUCACCGCUCGGCUACAUGUCAUAGGCUCUAUAAAAUGGGACCCCCCCUCUGUGGAUCACACACUUGACCAAUUGCGCCGCGCAAGAGUCUGAUGGCUCAUUUGAAUUCUGCGAUCCUCAGUGGGUAGAUGAGGUACAGUAUAAUAGAUAGUUGUAGUGAAUGGUGUGUGCGUGAGUGUGUGAGUGAGUGAGUGAGUGUGUGCGUGUGAAUGUGCACUCCUAGAAUAGAAAUCCAAAGGAAGAAGGAGAGAAGAAGGAGAGAAGAAGGAGAGAGGCGGGAUCGGUGUGUGCCUUUGCUGAAAUCCAGGGUGAAGCAGAUAGACAGUCAGGAGCAGAUCGAUCAGCACUUCGCGCUCCCUUUGAGGAAUUGAUGGAUGUUUGAUCAGUGGAUGGGAUGCCCAUAUAUAUCAUCGACCGAAAAUUUCCCGACACAUCUGGUAAGUCGUUCACGCAGCCCGAGCGCUUCUUAUAACGCUGUGCCAUCUGUGCGCGUUUUUUCCACUCUAAUGUGUUUGAGUGUGUGUGUGUGUGUGUGUGUGUGUGUGUGUGUGUGUGUGUGUGUGUGUGUGUGUGUGUGUGUGUGUGUGUGAGCCCGCGCGCGCCAGUGCACUAUUUUUUGCGUAUGCGCGUGCCGGCUUGGCGACACGGGCCGGGGCAGCGUGCACCAGUUGAUCAUGUCACCCCCCCUUGGAAUUCCCGACGUGCAACAGGAGAUGAGGAGCUGGCAUGUAUUGAACUGCGUCUUGCUCAGUUGCAGAUGACCGCAUGUUGUGUGUGUGCGUGCGCGUGUGUGUGUGCUGCUGCAGCCUAUCUUAAGUUUUAUUUUCCCAACUAACUGUCCUUAUCCCAUUUGUUUUUGUCCCCUGUUUUCCAGCUGCUUUGGCAAGGAGAACGUUUAGAGCUCCAAUGCCCCCUUUAAAAGUUAAUUCUUUCUAUUCCAAUCAUGCUGCUAUCCAAUAAAGCGAUGGAAAGCAAUUUAAGAGGUAGACUUCACCCCAGCCAGAUUACAGCACCUUUGGGCAUCAAGUCUCCUCUCACAAAAAAUGAUCCUAAAGCAAUUCUAGUCUUCGGCGUGUGCAGCUGUAGGCCCCAUGCUGAAAGAGAUGUCCCACUGAAGGUGUUAUUUUAAGUUAAAGUAGGCCACAUUCCUGCACUUAUUCAAACUCAAUUAGGUACAUGGCAUGUUCAUAGCUCACAUGGAUGUAGGUUGUUAAAAAGAGUGACUCCCUGCAAGCGGUUUCCCAUUGAGUCGAGUGUAUGCGUGUGUGUGUGCGUGCUGACACGUGUGUUUUUCAGGUGUCCCGGUGAAUGAUGGGUUUAAUUUUGGAGGCAUUUGUGAGGUCUCAGAAGACAUGGGGACAUUUUUAUGCUUUUAGAUAUAUCAUGACGGUCAGACAGAGAGUAGCAAAAACAAGAAGGAGGGCUUUGACUUUGGUGGUCCUUGUCUUUAACAUGCGGGGGCAUGGCAGCACGACUUUGAGAGCACUCAGAGGGAACAGCAGAGUCACAAUGUCAAAAGUUCGGACUGUGAGUACGACAUGCAACAAGAACAGUAACAAUAGCAACAAAAGAGAACACGGUUUAGUCAAAAAGACGUCAUUUCACCCCUUUAAGGUGUCAGUGUUAUGCAAGAAAGGUUUAACCCCGAAACAUUCAGAUAACUUGAAACUUUUAAAAGUUUUAUAACGGACUAAAAUGAACAGAGAUGAUACUUUAUGACCCAUAAAGGAACAUUUGACCAUUGACAAAAGAUUGAUCAUAUCCCCCAUGCUGUAAUUUUUCAUCUCUGCUCAUGAUGUCCCCUUUUCGUCCUUCACUUAUCGAGGCCAAAAAGAAAUGAAAUCCAUUCACAAUAUCAGAAUACUUGGAGAAAAGAAAAUCCAACACAAUUAGUCAGAUUAAAGAAAUACAAGUCAAGUGUUUCUUCAUAAACUUCGCUAAUAAAGGCACUCGACUUCGCUCACUGUCAGCUUUCAUUUUUAUGCUCAAAGUUAUAUAUUUUCCCCGUUGGCAGCGCUUUGACAGAAACUUCUCAGGAAAAGAGACUGUCCCAUAAAACUGAGUGUGAUGCUUUUAUUUUGACAUUUUUACAGUUGCGCCUGGAGCUUUCUUUAAUCUCUUUACUUUCAAAACAUGCUUUUAAUUUGGAGGAUGCACUAUUUCUGGUAGAUUGUAAGUUAUAGGACCGAAUAAAAAAAGCAGAUAGUACAAACCGGAGAGGCACUGUUUUUAGAUUUACUCUCAAUUUUGGCACAAAAGAGUCUACAGCCUCUAAAUCACACAACUGGAGAAAAGAAACCCUCUGUUUUGUCCUUCAUCCACUGCGAGAAUUAAAAAAAGGAGUGAUUCAUUGGAAAGAAAGCAAAGCAUGACUCAGAUGUGACAAAACACUUUGUCCACAGGGGGCGCCAAACACAAACUGAAAGUUUCCUACAGGGGUUUUUAAUGAGGAUUGACUGCAUGUGCACAUGUGGAAUGAUAAUAAAUGAUCCAACGCACAUGAUGACUAUGAACACAUAUCGAAAAGGUUUCUAUGGCUACCAGGGUGAAAAGUAAACGUUAAUCCUGCACUUAUUUGACAGCCAUUUUUAAGGUACACUCAGCGAAAAACAGUGCAUUACAGUCGCCAACAAAAAGCUAAAAUGAGGGCAGGAGGAUGCACACUCAACACUCACUGCAUAACCGUCAGCCAGUUAUUGCUACCAGCUCUACCUGGCUCCCCUUGUUAUCACUGUUUGCCAAGUUUUAAUCAACUAUGUCAGCAUACAGGGGUCGUAUACCUCUGAGCUGAAGCACACUCUCCUUUUAUCUGCUUUUGAGGGGAAUAAUGCUCUUUUUUGUGCCAUAUCUCUAAGCCUUCUUGUUAUCAUCACACUACCUAUAAAAUCCUGCGUUUAUAGCACCUGCAGAAAAAAAAAUCAUGCAUUUAAGUUCUAUCCCUGCACAGAUGGGACUGAAUUUACCGCUGGAAAAAAUUACUUGGAAGCGAAACCUUUGUAAAAAUGAUUGCAGUGCUCUUAUCACCCUUGAAAGAACAACUUAUCAUCAUUUUAAAAGACAAAAAUGUGUUUUCAGACACAAUGAUGAUGUGAGCAUACUUUCGCUGGUUGAAAUCAGGCCAUGGAUGUCCAGUUCUGAUUUUCCACCAGAUUCCAGCUCUAAAAAACCCGUUUGGGGCUCGCUGGGUUUGUCGAACAGCAUGUCACUUAGCAUUAUGAGUUAUGGAAAGUGCUUUUAAGUGAUAUGCAGUUAUUGUUUAAUGAGAUUCAUAGACCUAAAAUACCCCAGACCUCAGAGCAGAACACACUAACAUGAUUUAGGACCUCUCAGUGUUCCUCUUUGUUUUUAUGGCUAACCGCCUCCCCUCCUUCUCCCUCUUUUAGCACAUUCCUCAACUUCAUCUUUAUGUCCCUUUUCCUUUUUCUAUAAAUUUCACAGAAGCUUCAUAUUUUUGGAAUGCAACGUGUCAGUAUAACAGCGAGGAAAUAUAUUGUACUGCCUCUACAAUGCUGACAUACACACACACAGGGUUUUAUUGGAGCUGUGGGAUGGCUGUCACGGUGAUGUGUUUGCUCACAGGAUAGGCGAGGGAAAAAAAAAAAGUUAAAGUUUUUGGCCUCUCUUGCAGCUGGUGAUAGGUUGACAGGAAGUUGUGAUUAACAUAUCAACUUGUGUCUUUCCUCUGUCUCAUUAAUUCCUCCUUUUAUGCCACCACUCAACUUAUCCUGCUGUGUUUUGAGUUGACUUAACGUCUCUCGUGGAAGAACAUAAGUCACAGGCACAACAUUGCGUAUCUAUUACCCGGGAUAAGGCCGCCACUUUCUUUUGGUGGAUCUAAUGACCUGUAGUGAAGUCAUGCAUGCUGUAAUGCUGGUGUGGAGCAAGGAGAGCAGUGUGUUGUGUAUGGAGCAUGCAGUAAUGGCCAAUUACCGGGCUGGAUAAUGACUGUUACCUGAGGGAGUUUACAUUAGACCGUUGUUUAGUCAUGAAGAAGAAUCUUGGGGGAUUGACAUUCAAGAGGAGCUGUGUUCAUGUGUGUGAGGAUUUGUUUAUGUGUGUGUGUGUGUGUGUGUGUGUCCUCGUUCAAAGGAAGCCAACAGGCUGUGUCCUUUGGUCGGGGUGAUGCUCUCAUCUCCGCCAGCAUGCUGUGAGUCCCACCCAUCUGCACAGGCGCCUCAUGACACCAGCUUGUAAACGUGUGUGUGGGGGCGUGACUGUGUGUGUGUGUGUCGGUAAGGGAUUAAGGAUUAAUUGCCUUUAGAGAUAGAUUUAACUGCUUGUUACAUGAACUUUGUAAAGUUCUCACUUGGCCCCAGAGAGGAAAACAACAGUGUCGAGUGAGAAGCAGAGGGAAGGUCUGUCUUUGUUUCUGUCCCUCAGAAGUGUGUGUUACUUGUUUUUUUCUUUUUUUUUCCGCUUCGCCACCAGAGGCUAAGAACUUCCAUUGUUCUCACCUUUUGCUCCAAGACUGGUUCAGAAAAUACUGUGAGUCUUUUUUUUGCAUUUGUUUUCUUAUCACUGCAGUGUGCCUUUUAUCUCACUUUCCCUUUGUAUUUUCUCCUCUCAGCUGAUGCCCUAAAAAUCUUUACGCCUGACAGAAUGUUUGUUUUUUUCGUUGUCCAAAUUAAUAAAUCUCUGCUGCAGCUGAUGUGUUGCCAAAGUGUGAAGAAGUCCUCCCAUUUGAGGGGCUGCAGCCAGCGUGUAUUUGACAUUUUUGACUGACGAGUGCAAAGAUAAAUGGAUAUUCAGAAUUGGAUUUUUUAAAUGCUGCUGACGUGGUGAGAUUUUUCAGGGAAAGGUCAAAUGCACAAAUUCUUUAGAUGGUGCAGAUUCCUCGGUUCAAAGUCAGUCCAGAGAGAUGAUUCACACUUUAAAUAACGUGUCACCCAGUCCUAUUUUUCUGAUUUUCAGUGCAAGCUUGGAUUACUUCCGUCAGCAGCUAAUCUACCCCUUCAUUUCCUCAACCUCUUCCAAUUCUCCCUUCUUCCUCAGGUGAGUUGAUACAGUCGGCAGCUGAAGGAGGAGACCUGAGAAUGACAGAGACUAACCCCCCCAAGUCGGCUAAAAAGCCCCGCUGGACCUCUCUAGAGAUCGGCCUAAUUACCAUCGUGUCCUUGCUCUUCAUCGUUAUUGUCGCCCUCAUCAUCCUUUUCGCCACGCAGAAAACCGGUGAGUGUUAAAGAAAGAAAGAAAGGAUGGCGGAUGAAUAUCUGAAACCCCAGUGGAUCCUUAUUUAAAAAAUCCUCAUCAGACUGUGACAAAAAAACAGGGGGAUCCAAAAAGUUGUAUCAUGUAAUUAAAAACCUAUUUUAGGAGCCAGUGAGCACGGAGACAAUCUUUACUUCCCUCCUGCCGCCACAGUUUUAAGUGAACCUCUCAUAAGUUAUAAAGCUCACCGUCUUCAAACCGUGUCCAUAACUUGACUGUCACUUACAGCUCAGUUCAUGGUUAAUGGUUUCACAGCAAUUGAAAAGAAGACAGACACUCAAGCUGUGUGCUUUUAAAGCAAAGUGCAAAAGUACAACUGCUGAGCCAGAAAGAAGAAAAACAGCGUGCAAAGGUUCUUUUUUUACGGUUUCCUCUGUGUUCUCAGCAACAGCGUGUAACUCCAAACACUGUGAUAUUUCACAUUUCAGACUCCUGUGCAAACCACGACUCUCAAAUCUUGCUGCAAAUGCCACAUAAUGAGAAAUGGGAUCAUUUCCCCGUCUUUCUUCGCCACGGGGAACUGAUCGAACUUGCUUCAGAUCAAUGUCACAUAUGAGUGUCCCAUGGGGUUUCUAAUCAUUAACAUUGGGACUGCUGCUUUUCUUGCCUAUUGAACCAAGAAGAUUCAACUUGUCAAGUCAAUGUAGGAAAGUCAUCUGAUGGUAUGACAUUAAGAGAGAUGAUAAACAGUUUACCCACUCCAGAUUUAUGGAUUAACAACUGACUAAAGUCACAAUCAUGAAGUUCAGCAAAAAUCGACCAAAAAAACAACCUUUAGUCUCUUUAUUUCUGAUUAUACUUCCUGUUAUAUCAGGAUUAGGCAAGUGUCUUUUUGUCGAGUUAUUAUCCUAUUCUGUCUUGUUUUUGAUAAAUAUGUAAAACGCUGCGUCAGGGAAAUGAUGAAAUCCUUAAUCUGUUUGUCAGUGUUUGCAUCUGUGUGCUCACUCACCUGUGUGAACCUCAUGACGCAGCGUAUCUAAGGUCAUAUGCCUGUCAAGUGAUCAGUGUGUGUGUGCGUGUGUUUCUGAAUGUGUCAGACUGUGUUUGAUUAAGAGUUAAGCGCCUACAUUACCCCUGACAGGUGGAAAGGAGAACUUCUAAGCAGUUUAGAGUUGUUUGCAUGAAGGAUGAGAUGCAGAAAUAAAUCAAGGAAAAGGGGAACGGAGAGAAUGAGCAUUUGACAUGAUGACUGAUGACUGCAAAAAUCCCUCUGAGUGAUGAUUUGUUCUGCAUUUUCCCGUAGAUGAAAUCUGCACCACAGCUGACUGCACGCAGUCAGGUAAGCACUGUUUGUUUCCUUCUUUGUGCUUUCUUUAUUGUCUCAUUCUGAUGGCUUUGAUUUUUCUCAGAGGAGAACAGGAUGGGGGAAAAUUGAGACUGCAGCAGAAGCCAAGGGAAUACAGACAUGCUUUGAGGAAAAUGGCCUCUUCAACUGCGAACGCGUCGCCUCUUAAGUCAAAACAGUGAUCAAACAAACAGUCAUGAUCAGCAGGAAUGUGUCGCAAUGGGUUAUUGUCCUCAGAGCACCUCUGAAUAACAGUGCGAGAGGAGCUCAGCGCUGAGUAUGAACAUGUGUCUUCAGCUUAAACCCAUUAAGAAAUGCACGUCUAAAGCUGCAGCGUUUCAACAAAUCCAAGUUGUUAGACGUUAUCUGAAGGAGUUUGUUGACUGCGGUUAUGAGCUGAUCUGGGACCUUUUUAUACCUCACAGCCAGUUUGCCAUUUUCUCCCACUUAUCCGGGGUCAGGUGUGUGAGAUAUAAAAAUCUCUCCAAUGACUCCAGGGCCUACCCUGCAGUCAUCUCCGAAGCUGAAAGUGCCGAGAAAACUUGAGAGGGAGGAACCCAGAAUGCAUCCUAAUGAGACAUAGAGAAGUGCCAGUCUGGAUAUCAGUGUCAGGACUGUCUGAUACCGCACUAUGCAUGGAUAUGAUAUUCUAAGGAUGUAAGGGUAUCUAAAUCUCACAAUACAAUAAUACGAUGAUAACAAGUCAACAGUAUAGUAUUUAGCUUGCAAGGCUGUCAGGAUAUCAGCCCGGUGACAGAAAUGUGUUUGGAAUAGACACUGCCUCAUGAACGAUUUGUCAUGCUUUUAUUUUGAAGUGUAAGCUAUUUCCUGCAGAUUGUAAGUUACAGAUCUCAAUGAAAACAGUUAAAAAAAACAGUUCGAAAGUUUAAAUGUCUGCUGCUUCUUUUCCGUCAUCUCAAUGAGUGUGAAGGAUUUCUCCUACAAACUCACAAAAUUACAUGCUUCUUUUUUAUGCUUCAAAAAGAUAGUUUUUGUCAACACGGGUAUAUUGGGACAGCCCUAGCUCUCAUAUGAACAAAACAAAUGUAGUCUUAGAAUAAAAAUGGCAUGUCUAAAACUCUGAGUUGCUUGUAAAGUCCACCCAUCGUUGGUGAGUAAGGCACACUGCUUGCUCGAGGCUUUGUGUAACUUUAGCCUUUGUCUCUCUAGAGCUUAUAUUAGGAAGUUAAACUAGUUUAAAUUCCAAAUAUAAAAUGUCUUUUUUUUCAGAGUGCAAAAGUGUAAAGUAUGAUGAGCAAGCAUGGGAGGGAAGACCUAUUAUCCCAUACCAUGGUAGAACCAUGAUGGUACUGAAAGUAUUAAAGGUACAGAAGGACUGUACGAGUAAAUUCAGAUCAGCUAUGGGACAGACCCACUACCUGCACCUAAUUCGCUAAGUAUCGCAACAACCCCCCUGGUAGUCAUAUGUUGUCUUUAAUUGAGGAGUAUUUUCAGCACGCCAAGAGAUUUAAUUUCUACAGAGUCUACCGCUGUUUUCUUUAAAUGCAGGAUUAUGAGAAAAUGAGGAAGAAAAGCUGUUAAGAAGUGGUGCUGGAAGACUCAUCUUCCUCAUUAUGUAUUCAGCAUGCUUUGGCAGCAAAGCAGCUGCUUGUUUCUAUGGGUAAAACACUGUAAUGCAAUAGAGUACCUCUUUUAGCUUUUUAAACCGAUUGCACGAAUAAAGCUGCAUCUUGUACAUUUGAUUUAACGGCAAUGAUCCACUUUGAUAAUUUACCCUUUUUGCCUAAACCUUAACCCUUCCUUCUCCAAAACAGAAGCCUUAACAUCAACUUACUUUUUUCCUUCACUCAAAAGGUUUCAGAUGUUUGCUACCACAACAGAUGUUUUAUUGAUGCCGCUAAUCCGACCCAGCUCAAUCCAGCUUUAUUUGUAAAACGGCCUUCAAGCUUCUGAGCGCGCGGCUCAAAGUGCUUCUCAUAGAACAAACAGAAAAAAUUACAGCCUUUGUCAAAUAUAUUCAACAAAAAUGAGAGAGAUAAAAAUGAAAUAAUAUAGAAUGAAUCAAACAAAGUAAAAACAAUAAGAAAUACAAGAAUUGAUUAAACAAACUCAAAUAACUAUCAGCGAGUGUUUGAGAGAGGCAAAGACGAGCUGUUGUACUCUAUGUAUUUAUGUGACAAUCCCUAUAAAAAGUGCCAAGCUCCCGCUGACACUGUUAUAUUUGUCAGAGCUACAAAUAAUAAAGAAGUGCCACAUACAGAAAAGUGCUGAACAUUACAGUGGUACGAGCAAAGAUCUAAAACUUCCCUAGGGACUGCAAGCCAAGCUACCACUGAUGUUAACUUGAUACGUCUCUCCUGUUAAGUUCCUUUCUCUUGAAAACAAUCAAACCCAGUCAUUACAUAACUGAAUACAACAGUUUUACUUUGACAUGAAUGUUCUUCUGAGACUUAUCAGCAAAAACUUGAACUGUUGCUUAUACUCUUUCCUGUCUGGUUAUUAUACUGUAAUGACUCUGAUAUUAACCUUAUCUGCCUCUAAUUUGGCACCAACCCUCACUUUCAAGAAAUCAAGAUCAAUUCAAGCCCAUUUAUGACAAUCUAGUUUGACCAAUAUCACACUAAAACUGUUAUUAUGGAGUGGUUGUGUGGCCUUCUUGGCUAACUGAGUGACUUUUGGCAGUCUCAAAAUAAGGUGACCAGAUUUCUGUAAUGAAAUACGGGGACAUCCAGAGCGGGGGGAUCAUGGGCUGCACGACCACAAACAACAUCUUGGCACUACUUACUGGCAGUGUACGCCCCCCGUAAUAACCCCCUGUAAAAACAGUUGUUCAGGACUGCGUGCGGCAUGCUUACUCCUACCUACUCAGCUACCGUACUAACUGUUGUUCUAGUCUACACGCAACAUUUUUGUUCUCAUUCAUGAAAUGCUUAAAUCUGGGACAUUUCUGGGGUCAACUUUAGCCGGGGACAGGUCAUCCAAUAUGGGGACUGUCCCUGGAAAUCGGGGACAUCUGGUCACCUUAUCUUAAAAAACAUGACAAGAUAAGAUGCUAGCUAGCAAAACUUCCCAACACACAACCCCUCUUUAAAGAUACACUUCUUUCAAAGGUGGGGUAGGCAGGAUCUGAGGAAGUGCCAGUUUUGGAAGAAAUCUUGAAUGUAAACUCUAUCCCUCCCAACCAGUUUUCCCCUCAGCUUCUCCUCUCCCCUCCCUCUCUGCUCAAGCAAGCCCCGCCCACAAACAGACACUCCUGCUCGCUCGUAUCGUUCCAAUUAAAUUCAGAUAUAAUGCAGAUAAAUACUUCAGAUAAUUACAAAUGGGGCCCAGUCAAACUGAAAGUGAAAGCAUUGGUGCUACUGUAGAUGCCAACAGACUACCAGCAAACACAAUGUUUGCAGGACUUCUACAACUAGGAUAAAGUGACAUAGUCCAGGACCCGAGGUCAACAGUUUAGCAGCGCUACAACGAGCAUCAGGUCCCAUUUGACAAGAAACACUUCUGUUACAGACACUUGGUUUACUUUGUUAAAGCGGUUUACCUGUCCAGCAGAAAGGUAGCAGGGUCUGUAAGAUCCUGCAGGGUCCCCCAUCAUUUAUGCUAUGUUGACCCGGCUUUUUAGCUCUUGCUGGGCUUUUUAAGCGCCCAUUAUUCCGCCAGAGUCUCUGGUAUUCAUUUUCUUGCUUGUGUCGGCAGUCAUGGUUAAAGGAGGAUUCAGACAAUUUUCCGUACUUUCUGGUUGGUUUCCACUGUCCAAUAUUGUAGAACGCUAACUUUGUUUGGGCUUGUGAAUGACACGGGGGAACAGCAUCUGCCUCACAACCAAUCAGCACUAAGGAGCAGCGUUCGCCUCACAAACAAUCAGGUUGGGAGAGGCGGAGAAUGGCUUUGUUUACAGUCAGAAAGAGCGGGCUGCUCAAAAAAUUUAAAAUGUUGACUACACAGACAUAACAAAACACAAUGAUAUCGUUACAAAUGUCAUCAAUAACUAACAGCUAUUGACUGAUAUUGAAAGCAUUUUUGUAUAUACACCACAAAAAAAAAUGCUUCUUAAACGGAUUCCUGCCUACCCCACCUUUAACUCUGGAAAACACACAAACUAGACUAAAUGCUUGUAUCAUAAGGUGAAUGUAAGUAUCCAGUCAGAUCCUGUUUUCUGUUUUGCCAAUUAUCACUUUUCUAGGCUGUAGCUUAAGACAAACAAUCAUACGGUUCUGAAGCCUCUUCUCCUUUGUUUCCGUGCAGCGUCUCGCCUCAUUGAGAACAUGGAUACCAGCGUGGACCCUUGUGACAACUUUUACCAGUACGCCUGUGGAGGCUGGCUGAAAAAGAACAUAAUCCCCGAGACCAGCUCGAGAUACAGCACCUUUGACAUCUUACGAGAUGAGCUGGAGGUCAUCCUCAAAGGUCAGACACCCACAUGCACACGCCCACACACAUAAGCUAACAGACACACGAGGAAAGCUGCGGCACGGUAUGAGGAUGCGAUGACCUGGGGCUACUGUUUAUUUAUUAGAUUAAUGAGACAGUAUUAUUUUGUCUAUGAUGCACAGUUUUUAAGCAGUAAAUGGUGAAAAAGAGGACUAUUCUUUGUAGGCUGCAGCCGUUUAGACAUCUCAGAUGAUGUAAAGUGAGAAUUUGUGAACAGACGUGGGAUUAUCAGGGCAUGUGUGUUUGCAUCUGUGCGUGGAUAUGAUUUGUAGGCUGCCUCUCAAAGACGUCAAUACAUUGCAGUGGGAAAACCCUUAAUUGCUGGUUUGUUUGUAUGUCUCCGGUGUUUUGCCAGCCUUCAGCAAGCAAUCUUUUGACUGUCCUUGCGGUGUGGUUUGUUCAGAGAAGGUCAAGUUACAGCGUGUGUGUACCCUUGUAGAUUUGUGUUUUAGGGUCCUCACUUCACCUCAAGUCGUCUGUGAAGAGGCCAGUGGAGUUUCCAGCAGCGGGUGCUAAAUCUCGAACUGGCACAAACUUUCCACGGACAAGCAACACUCUUCAUCCACCAUAAAUUUACAAUUUAUCUGUCAGUCCUUUUCACCACAAUAAAGGGUUUUCAGAUUGGUUGCUUGGAAAACAGAAUGAUUCAGGAGGUUGCGAAAGAUUGAUCCUCAUUGGGAAAGGAAAACCAGGGUUUAAAGUGCAGCCGGUCUUGAUAAUUUGCACCAGCCUUAGGCACUAUAUCUGUUUAAUCUUGAUGGAAAAACACGCCGUCUCGUGUCAUGGAGUUACUCUUUUUUCCUUCCUCCCCUCUGCAACUUGCCCUUGACUUGUCCACUGAUGACACGCAGAUCAUUUUUCACACAAACUUGGAAGUUGGCGUUCACAGAUGACUGUGAUCCAAAUCCUACUUCUCAUAACGUGAAUAUUUGAAAGAAAAAGCAGCAAUAACAAUUCCUAAGCCAGCAUUUUUUUCUUAAACAUUGAACUUUUUUUUUUUACGAAACAAACGUCUUCAACAAGGCACGUCUCGCUACCAUUACAUCCAUUUAACUUUUAGAUGAAUACCUUUCAGCAGAUCGAUAAAACACUCAUUAAUGUGUAGAGACGCUUGUAAUAAUAUCACCCUUUUCCAAUGAAAUAUCUUUUUUUUUCAUCUAUGCUUAAAGAGGCAAAAGUCAAUCUAAAACCGCUCUAAACCGUAAUUAUAAAAGUGUGUUAUUGGAGUCCUGGCUCCCCUGGUCUCAUUAUUUUACAACAAUUUGCUUGAAAAUGAGAUUCUGUUUCAAACGUACUGAAAAUCACUGUUGAACACCUUUGAAAGCAUGUAAUUAUGACCUUAGACUGCCAUCAUGCCAUCACUUAUCUGCUGGGGAGCUUUUUUCAGAGCUUUGAGUUCAAGGCGUCUGCUGGACAGUGUUUACUGAGGGAGUAUAAUAACCAAGAAAGAGAUUAUUUUUCUCAUCGGCUUCCACAGAAAUGCGCAGUAUUUUUGCAAUGAUUUGUGCGACCUUCUGCGAAUCAAAAGACAGACAGCGAUAUAAGGCGCUCUGGCAUUAGCUUCACUUGUAAAACUAAGAGGAAUUAUACAGUUUUUUUCCAUUUUCAUAUUGUGACUGUAAGGGUGAAAAGACUGAAAAAGAGGUAUCUAGAAUGGACAGGUUAAGUAGAUGACUUUCCUUUAGCAGACAGGUGUUGGAGUGAAACAGUUCCAGUUGAGGAAUCUUAAUGUGUUGCAUCCAGGAAAAGAACAAAAACAAAGACAAAGGGGCUUUCUGGUGUUUAAAAGGGGAGGUAUUAUGCUUUUUUUAGACUCUAUAGUUCCUUUCUGAUACCUCUUUAAUACCUUUACGUGAUUUUAAGAUCAAAAAAGCCUCAAAUUUCUCAAAGUGGUGUAUUAAAAAAUCAUUAUUUGUCUGAAACACUUCAUUUUAGCUGCCGUCUCUUUAAGGCCGCCCCUCAAUAAGCCUACUUUUUCCUGAUUGGCUCAAUCUACAGAGGCUUUCCAAAAGCUAGCCAAAGGCAGAGCUCAAUGUUUUGGCCCUGCUCCUUCUAUUGUAGUCGACCAGUUUAGCAGGGGAGCAUUGAACCCCCAUAGUCAUCAUAUAUGUAUAGGGUGAGCAUACGAUCUCUUUUACCCAGACAUGUCCUCUUUUUUGGGGGCUAUCCAGCCUGUCUAGCCUUGUCUUUGGGAGUUUAUAGAAUCCUUUAAAUGUUCGGGGUUUCGUAUGGAAGUUUUGAGUUUGUGUCGCGUGGACUUACUGAGUUAGAAGCGCGUAAAAAAACAUUCAACCCGACCCGAAAAACUUGCAAAAUUAACUAGAUGUGACUCUAUGACCUCGCCCCCCGGGUAGUCGUGUCCUCUUUUUGGGGGGGGGGUCAGAAUAUGGUCACCCUAUGUUUGUGUCUAUGGUUACCCGGCUCCGCUGUGGGUGUCAACUCACACACUGAUGGAGGCGGCCCGUUCAACUUUGCGUUCAGCACAGAUGCACCAGUAAGGCGAAUCUAUAACUCUUAGAUCAGAAUUUUAGUAAAUCUCGCACAUUUUCGUGUUUGUCCAAGAUUUGAACAGUUUACAUCUGUUUUCUAAGAUUAUGACAACAUAUGUUUACCUCGAUUUAAAGCUUUAAGUACAUGUAGUAUGGACACCAAACUUUGUAACUUUGUAGUUUUUCUUGUAAAUGCUAAAAAGAAUGAUACCCCCCCUUUGAGUAAAGUGCUGCAAAUCUCUACACAUCGCCUACACUUACACCAAUUUCUUUUGUUCUUAAAGUUAGCUAUAUUUGAGCUGAAAUGGGACCAUCUGCCAAUCAUGGAUUUCUCAAUAAAAAGCCGAGCUUCCCCUGUGAGUGAUACACUCACUAAUGACGAGUACCUCAUAUAACCCCAUUAAAAAAAACUAUCUCUUUAAUAAACUCUUUUAAAACUACAGUCAUAACCGACCCAUACUGCUAAUUAAGUAAAGUAACUCAUGAAAAUUUGAUGUCAAAGCUGAGCUAAACUGCUGCCAAUUCUCAACGUGAACAUAUGCUCUUUGUGUUUGACAACUAUGCCCUCUGCUCAUAAACUGGGUCACUGAGUUUCAACCUAUUCGGCUGCUCCUGCCAAUGAGAUUUGUAACAUAAUAUGUGUGGAAUUGUGCGACAAUUCAGCAGAAGCAGCUACAGGAAUACUUAUGCAUGUACAUGAACUUUUUGUUGUAUGGUUCGUUGCUUAUAGCGACUUAUGGCCCAUCUGCUCUGCUCACUUCUCCAUGGCGGUCUUAACAUCCAUAAAAAUCACACGCAGGGGAAAAUAGGAAAACAAACAUUGCUCAACAAGGGCACGUUCAAGACAUUUUGUAACAGCGUACGAACACAUACAUAGCAUGUCUUUAUGUUAGCUUGUGUCAUCAUUUCACUCUUUGUUGUGUGUUUUUGCUGCAGAGGUCUCGCAAAGAUACUCGCCGUCUGAUAUCUGCUGGAAACAAAGAAUGGGGGGUGGGAGAAAAGACUUCUGAUGAAAUGCUCUGCAAAGUGCAAUAGUUUAGGUUUGAGUAUCAUUGACUUAUUUGCUGUAAAUGCCGCGUUUAUAGCAGAAAGCAAUGGAGCAGAGGAAAAACAGUCUUAAUCACCCAGCAGCUUAAAUCCCCACCAACCGUCAGUGCUGUGCUCAUUCCUUCAGGGUGUCUGGCUCACCAGUCAAAGCUGGAAUGUCUCCGACUGUACUUUGCACACACGUGUUCAGGUUUACUCUGCGUGUGCGGGUUCGAGAAAGAUAUAAACAGAGAGCUUUGUGUGUUUAAGAUUACACUCGAUAUUGCAAACUAAGGCAUGUAUGCAUUGUGCUUUCUUGAACGGCUACAGUAGCAAGUGAAAGCUACCAUCUCUCAAUGUUCGAUUUUCCCAGUAAUGGCUCAUGCAUGUGGCGAUGUAGUCCCUCACAUCGUUACUCCUCAGCAGAGUUUUGACCUCUACUCUGGAGCUGACAUCAAACAUGUAACCUCUGAUCCUGAGGCUGGCUGCCGCCGCAUGCUUGGAUACCACCGCCCGCUGAUGGACAGAUCCUUUUCCUGUCAACAGCUGCAGGGGCCUGGAAACACCUGGACACUGCGGCGCUCUAGGCAGUGUGACAGCUAUAAAAAAGUCGGCGCGCUUGUUUGUGUGUGCGUGCGCGAGUCGCUGUGUAGAUUUGCGGUUGCUUGUAAAUGCCUUGGAUUGUUCUCUGCCGCUGUAAAAGUCUAUAAAUGAUUCAUAACAAGGGUCUGCACUCUGAUUGAAACCAAAGCUUUGUGUGUACACAGUUUGGGGUUUUUGUUUUCCUGCUUCCCAAGCUCAGGUGUGUCACACUGUGCAAUAAUUUGCCAAAUUAACCAUGCCCGUUUUAAUUACAAACUGAUUAGUGGGUGGAAGAUACAGGGAAGAUGAAAGAAGGUGAUUCCCCCACAAUAAAAACGGCGAUACUAAAGACUGAGGGCAUGUGAGAGACAAAGGAGUGAUGGAAGGAAAGGUACACACAAACCAAGGGGAGCUCUGAGCUGAAGUGAUCUCUGCUGCCAGUGGAUGAAGCUUUGAGGAGAGGUCAGGAAAUGUGAAACGGCAUGAGGUAGUCAUCUCCAAGCUAAGCCCUGUCUGCCUUCUUCAUCCAUAUGUGCGUGCGACUUCUACGAGCGCGCGCACGCACACAAACUCUCGCAGAGUUAAUCCAGCACAUAGACCAGUUUCGGUUGUUGAAUGAGGGAGGUUUGACGUCACCUGAGACUGAGAGUCUGUGUUUUCCCUUUGAUAACAGUGAUUGAAACAGAACGUAGGUCAAACAGUGCUGACUAUGAGACUUUUGAGAUUAAUGGUUCCUUCACGCAAACCUCCCUCAUCUCAGAAGUCCUCUUAAAGCCGUUGCACAACACUAUAAAUGCCGUAUUGCCCAUAAACAUAUCAAAUAAAGAUAGCAAAACAGCUUUUGAGGCCAAGUCAAAUAAUAUUAAUAUUGAUGUGUUUAUUCUUUUGUAACAGAAAUAUUCUGCACAGAGAUGUAGAGUAGAGUCUCUUUGGCCUGUUUCGAUGCCUGUGAAGAACAGGAAAGAGUUUAAACCCCCACCAAGCUGUGACACAAUUCGAAGUAGAAGUAGCCAAGAGGCAUUACUUUGACUGACAACAUGGUACCAAGUAAAUGACAGAAAAGCUAUACAGUGUGGACCGAAAAAGGCUUUGGCUUGAUGGCAGGGCUAAUGGAAAAGUCAGGAACUCACCAAAACAAAUGGUUUUACUCUCGCAAGAAGAAAAUAUGUUUUCGAGCUAUAAAUUUAGGGUCUCUGCUCAGGUGGAUGGAUGUUUUGUAGCCUCCACUGUAACAGUUUCGCCCUCCUCUCUAGAUGGAUUAACACCAGUCUUGAAUCUUGAGAUAACAAUGGUUCAUAUCACGGCUGACGUUGUUGUGUUUUAGUCCAGUAUUUGUUACACAGAAACCUUGGUUUUGUUCUUUCCCGGCAGUUUAAUGGCAGCCGGCUUUGAGUCACCCUUUAGCUUUCGGCUCCAUUAUUGUGGCAAAGAAUACAUUCGGGACUGCGAAAGAGCUGUAGCAAACGCAGACUUCUGACUGAUGUAAGGACAUGCCAUGUUGCCAAAUUCUUCCAAGAGUCACCAGCAACAUUUUUCAAAGUGAUCUGAUUUACUGCAGCAGUGGACAUCUUUCAAAGAAACAAGAAUAGCUUAGAUUUGUCUUAGUCGAAACCAAACAAAAGUACCAGACAUUGUGCUCAGACUUUCUCCUAAAGUGGUUCGACCAGAGCACACAAACGUGCACCGCCUAAGUGAUGGAGAGAAAACUCUAAUAAGAGAGUUUUCAGGAGUGGAGCACAAUGCAUCAUUGUCAACGUUAACCUUAUUCAACCACAUUUUUUUGGCUGUUUUUGUGCAGAUUGCUUGUUUACUCUAACUACAGCUCAGUCUCACCUUACUGAGACUCCAGCUUUGCACACAGUGUUUGAGGACAGAGUGCAUUGAGAUAGGCAGGUGGGCAGGUAAAAGCAACCUAUGAUCUCAAUAGGCAGCUAGUAAAACUAUCCAGUGCAUGCAAACAAAAUGCAAAUGGAGAGAGUGGAUGUUUGUACUGAAGGUCUGUGAUUUUCAUAUAUAUAACAGGUUGUUAUGGCAAUUUAAAAGCAUUUGAUUUAUGACCCGCAAUAAAAAAAACAAGAAUUUCAAUUGUGAGAAAAUGUUUUUUCCUGGGCUUUAAAUCUAAAUUGUAUUUUCUUUUCUGCAGACAGCCUUAGCCGCCCUCAGUGCUGCCAGAGAAAGAAGUUUAAAUGCAGUGAUUUGUUAUUGUAAUGUCACCGACAGAUUCGUUUUUUACUUUUAUGCAAACAAAUAAAACAUUAUUAUUAUUAUUCUGUCUUUGGAAUUUAAAUUGAGAGUUUGAGGCCUGUCUGAGUCUCAAAAGUGCCUCAACUCUCUUUUUAAAAGGGGACAAUUAACAGAUUGAUAUUUAUUCACAGACACAUGCUGGCAUGAAUGGUCGCUUGGUUGUGUAUGGUGGCGGUUUCUGAAUGAAAUCCACUUGCGUCAGUUUGCAUUGGUACAAUGAAAUUCAAUCUAUUUAAUUAAAAUGUAACAGACCCAAUGAUUUGAUAUUUUCUGUUUGAUUCUUUUAGAAAUGGCUCACAGCAUUAUUCUCAUUUGUAUUCUAUUAUAUAUUUUCUUCAAGCUUCUGAGAGGAAGCUAAUUUUCUUAUUUUGUGUAAAAGCUUAAAUGUCAUCCUGCUGGUUUUUGACGGUCGUGUUUCAGUUUAUGUAGAUUGGGAAAACAGGCCUUUUUCAGCUGCCAGGCUGACAUCUACCCCCUCACACUAGGGCUGGGCGAUAAACGGAAAAUUUACCAAUACCAAAAUUUACGACAAUUAGCCCAUAAUGGUAUACUUGGUGUCAAAUAAAUGAAUAAAUAAAAGUUGGUUUUGGAUGUGUGUAGGCAGGCUAUGGUCUCAUGUCCCUUUAAGAAGCUGUCCUACAUCAGAGACGUGACUCCACCCCAUCCAGUCCGUAACAAAGAGGGAAAGACAGGUGAGGAGAUGGAGGACGGUUCAAAAGUUGUAGCGGCUGGAGCGGCGGCUGAAGUAGACAAAGUUAAUGUGGGAGGGAGUGAACAGCUUGUGGAGUAGUUAUCGUCCAUUUAUUGUUAUCGAGGUGAAUUGAUCAAUAUACCAUAAUGUUAAUUUGAGGCCAUAUCGCCCAGCCCUACCUUACACUGUUUUCAGGCACUAAAAAUUACAGGAUACAGAUCGUCACUCUUGUCAAUGAUGGUCUUGUUUACUUGGAGAUAUGAUGAAAAGGCAUCAAUGUAAAUCUUUGGCCAUUUCAAUAACAUCAAAAACCCCUUAUAGGAGCUUUAAAUAUGUUGUUUUUCAUUACUUUCCAACUGGCGUUACUGCACAUUAUACAAUGUGUAAACGAUAUAAAGUUCCUAGCGCAGACAAAAAAUUAAAUUAUGUAUACUAUUGAAAUUAAUCCAACCAUAACAAGGUACCAAACUGUGAUUUUUGUCUCCUUUUUCACCCCUGCAUCCUUUCAAUUUUUUAAACUCCAAAUGUUCAGUAUUUCUGAUUCAGCACAAACACACAAAAACUUCUCACCUACAUCAGUCAGGAGAGCACAGGAACUCACAAUCUUUGUUCCAAGGUACUUUUCUUCCUGUCUGUUCAGAGAGGAAGGUCGGGAGUGGACUGGGGAAAAAGGCGUUUAAACUUUAUUCCCUUGGUAUGAGUUGGAGAGAAAAAAAGCAGAAACUCCCUGACCUGGUCUUAUCAGAGGAUAUUAAAUGACUUCAUGGCAGAAACAUUUGUCUGUCCAUUUUUAUUAUUAUUUAUGUGGAUGAUGAUGACAAAUAUUUGCUGUUUUAAUUUGAAUGUCAUGUUAAAUCAGAUAUCUGGUUAUAUAUUGGUCGAUGAGGCUGUUGUUAGUCUCGAUUAGCACACCCUUGCAAAAGAGAUUUCUUCAUCUGGUGAGAAAAACGUUAAAAAAAAGGGAGACAAAUUAACAUCUGUACUACCAACAAAGUGACAAAUUAAAUAUGAUAAUCUAAUACAAUUUAUCCUCAUUGAAUACUCAGAUAAGGCAGUAAAUUAUUCUCAACUUUAUCGAGGGUGUUGAGGGAGUUGUUAAUAGGCAGUUGUACUCAUUUGCAUGACAUUAGAAAGGUGUUCUUUGGUGGAAUAUGUCGCUUUUAUCGCUGCUACAAAAAUUGAAAGCAAUAACUGAGGGAAAAACUGGCCUUUAAUGGUUUUAUAUAUAACAUUUAAUGAUUUUAUUGUAGAUGAAUGGAUUCGUCACCCUCAUGUAAAGAAUCUGAAUGUUUUAUGGAUGCUGUGAAUAAAGUAUGCGCGUUUUGAUGAUACAUUGGAAGCGAAACAGAAAACACUGCGGGCGUGAUGCUCUGUCAAACCAAAGGCACUCAAAGAUAAAAUGACAAUACAGAGCAGAGAGACUGGAAAUGUGAAUUCUCUCUCAUGCUGAGUGAUUUGGUUUCAAAUUGACGAGAUGUCUCAAACAAACAUCAGGUGGCAUGAAAAUCCAUUCUCAAAUACAUCCAAUCACACACACACGCAGGGGUGAGAGAGAGAGGGUGUGUAUGAGUGUGUGAGUGAGAGGGUAAGCCUUUGCUGUGGUUAAACAUUAGCACAAGGCAGGCAGUAAUCCAAUCACACACACAUGAUCUGUGCCCUUUUGCAGGAAGCGCCCUGUGAAGGGUCCCUAUCUCAGGACUUCAUUAAGAUUAAAUGAGCACAUAAAUAGUGCACACAUGGUAAUGAGAAAAUGGGAGGAUUAGGAAAAUGAAAGAGUAGAAAGGGGGAUGAUGUGAAAUUCAGUCAUGCAAGCGCUGAGACGAGUAGAAGUAAUAGAAAGAAAUGACUGGAAGCACUGAGCAAAUGAAAAGAAUUACAGAAGAUUAUGACUUAAUAUUGAAUUUAAUUCGGGGUAAUUUUGGGGCUGCUGUGUUGAAUGAUAGAAGUGUGGAUUCUCAUGAAUGUAAUGUAAUAACAGAGCAGGUGUUUUUUAAGCCGCAGUGAUCGGAUGUGACAGGGAAUAAAUUACAGAUUAAAGAAAGGGAUAAACCUCGGCGUGUAUAAAAGAUAGCAGCUUUAUCCAAACAUCUCGGCUUGUGCUGUCUCUUUGUAAAAUCGGAAAUCUCUAAAAGUCAAAUUUUUCGUUAUCUCUAUCUUCUGAUGUCUACUCCGAGUGACAGAGCCAUGUCUUGUCAGACUCCAGGGAGAGUUUCCUGUCAGUCGGCGGUGUAAUUUCAGAUCCAUCCUCUUUCCUGUAUUGAUCCUGGAGUUGCAUUGAGAUGUGCAAGUAUGAUGGAGUAUAUCCUGAUGAAACAUUCAUAAGGAGAAACUUUAUGUCUGACAGGCAACGCUGACGCCACGGUUAGAGAGCUUCUUUUAAUUAGUAAUGACAUUUAAAGCUCGUCAUUAUCUGGAAUAAGCUCAUUACCUUUCUUGUCAAGCACAUAUGAGAGGACUGGCGGAACAAAAGACAUUGACCAAAAGUGUCUCUAUGGGAACCAGCCAAACAAAUGAAGUAGUUUUCACAAAUACUAAUGGAUAGAAGAGUUUGUGAACUUAAAAUUAAUCUAUUUUCUCUGCUAAAAAACACCUCCCACGGUUGGUGGUGCUCAUAUUGCAGUAGGAAUCCUGUAUCUAACCUGUUGCUAAUGAAUUUAACUAGUUGGGAGAUGCUCCUCCGGGUUCUUUUUAACAUUACUAAACUUUUUCAGUACUUUGUCGUACUUGAGAUAAGCUGGUGGCAUCAAUUUAAAGUGAGCGUAUAUUUUUCUCUUAAUAAUAGAGUCCUUUAUAUGUUAUUUUUCACUCAGAUAGAAGCCUUUCAAACCAUCAAAUCCUUUUUUCAUUAACAUUUCGCACGACAUCCUGACUUUUUGGGAGUGUGUGUUGUGCAAGAAAAAAAGCUUUUUUUUUCUCCUCUUUUUUUUUUAUUUGACACUUGGCAAAAAAGAGAAAAAGUCUGUUUUUCAAAAAUGACAAACCAAAUCAAAUUUUUCAUCCUAGAUGAUUAAUUAUUUAUUUCAGAAAUUUGGUUCCACCUUCAUUAACUUCUAAUCUCCUACAUCUAAAUUAAAUCAUUUAUAGAUUUAAAGACUGUUUUUCUAUGUUUAUUUCCGGUUUGAUUUAUGCGAGCACAAUUUACUUAAAAAGAGGUGGGAGUGGAUUCAGGCGGGCCGGGUUCAGCACUCUUAUUGUUUGCCUAAUGAUUUGUCUGGCAGGCUGCAGCCAAAUGCCAACUUACUUUUCUCAAAGCGUUUAUAUUUUGUAAAAAAAAAAGACAGGGGGUCUUGGGUAAUUGAUACAGCCAUUGUGACUGGUUUAUGAAUAGUACUAAAGCACACAUUGUUUGCACAGCUUGGCUCGGGUAGUUUUAUUAUUAAUGCUAACUAGUGAGAGCUCCAAGAAUGCAGAAAUGAGUCAGAAUUGGCCAGAACCUGUCAUUUUCAAACUUUAAAAUCACUUUAAAAAGCGAAAACAGAGUAAAAAUAUAACACUGAAAAAUGCAUAAUUCUAUACGUAAGGUGUGUUUGAUGUAAAUGUACAUGACUUUGUGGUAAGACACAUUUAGACUGAACAUUCAGAGGCGUCUGACUGCUCUCAUACAGUUUCGACAACAGCUUGUUAAUGCUUUGUCUUCUGUUUCAAACAGCACAAGGCGAUGGUGAAGUUGAAAAUUUACAUACAAUUUGCAUGUACAGGAUGUUUGUCUUGUGUGCUUAGAGUUUGAUCAAAUAAGAUUAACACCAUCCAUUAUUCAUGAUGCAGUUCCUCACAAACCAAAUCAGCCAAAUGAAUUCUGGUCACUCGAUUCACAGGCUUCAUGAAAGUCAACAAUCGCACAUUGUCAGGUGGGGAAGAAACCGCCAAACAAUAAAUAAGACUCCUGAAAAGGUUUCGCUUUACAUGAAAAUAUAUGAUUAUGCUCUAUGGAUUUUUUCCCCCCCGUUUUAAUGAAGUCAAGUCAGGCGUUGAACCACGUCCAGGUAUUGGGCGUCUUGGAUUUCAAAAGGAUCACAUCAUUACCCUCAUAAAUCUCAGCAGACUUGAACAACUGUGUGCUCUACAUCAUGAUAGCUGGAACUAACUGAAGUGACUCAGUCAGGAUUUAAGCUCCCAAUCCGUCAAGGCCUUUCUAAAAUGUUCUUUCAAGAAGUGCCCUGUGCCACCCAGGAGCCCUGACAUACUAGUUGAAGCAUCUGUGCAGAACUUUGCGAGGCUGGAGCCAGACUCUCAAGGUGUUUCCUCUUCAAAAAAAAAAAUCUAUCUUCCUCUCUCUGUCUCUCUCUUUUUUUGCAUGACAAAUCGCUCGACAGUUUAAGCUGAAGUUGUGCUAAAGUUGCCUGUUGAGUAGGUGUAAGAUUUCUCUUGUUUUGAAGGACUGAAGGCAAAGAGUUUCUAACACUAUCACAACAAAUCACUUGCAUUCACCGCGGUGGUUUUUCAGCAAACACCUAAAUUAUCAUGUAGGCGUUUGGUUGAACCUUGAUGAUCUGAGCGUUCAUUUAAGCUCAUCCCCAAGCUCAUCGCUGCCGAAAAAGCAACGUAGGAUCCUGAGGAAAUUGUUAGACUUCAAAGCUACAGCAUGCAACACAGUGCCUUUAGGCAGAGCAGGAAGAGUAUAAAUGUUGGUCCCAUUCUCCCUUCCCUUCAGCUGAACUAGUUUACACCCCAACACUUAUCACUCAUUUUGAUUAGCUGUCUGCCUUGAAACACUAUCUAGCCUGGGGCCUAGCUAACUGGCGUCCAUAUGCCCACAACAGGUGUUGAAGAGGCAAUAAAUGGAGGCAAUAAAACAAGCAAUGGCGCUCACUCUUGUUUUGAAAUGGCCCUUUACUGCCACACCCACAGCUUUGAUGCGCUUUGAUUCCUCUCUGCCUUUUAGGCUGCUCUGAGGUCACCGCCCUCACCUUGAAAACCACCGCCAUGCCCCAAAUUAUAACGACAAGAGAGUAAAAUAUGCUGUGCAUGUUUCCACUCUGAUAGUGGAUUAUAUGAGCGAGCUGACCUCUGCAGCAAACAACCGAAAUAAUCACCCAAAUGAAAAGAUUAAUUAAAUCACAACAAAAAGAUUGUAUUGAAUAUUUUUUCCAUUAUUUAAAGCGAAGAUCGCUCACGCUGGUUGUGAGGGAACAUUUUGUAACCACGUCUUGUUUCUCUCGCUAUUGUUAUGCGUUUGAUGCAUUUGAUGAUAUAACCCUUCAUCUUUCAAAGUUGGCAAAGUGUGCCAGAUAUGAUGUUGCAGAGCUGCAAGAGUAGUAGAAAUUGACUCUCCAGUCUGUGAAGUCUGUUCAGUAAGAACAGGUCCACAUUAAAGUUUUAUUUGUUCACUUCGAUGCUGUGAUAUUGAUCAAGAAACUCCAUUAAGAUAUUUGGUAGUUUUGUCAAACUUUUGGAACAGCUGCCAUCUGAGAAAGUUUCUAAAUUGAGAAUAAAAUUGAAAAGUAUUGACAUUGGUUUUCCAUCAGUUUUUCCAAUUUAGACGCGGUCAUAACAUGUUUUCUUUUUCUCCUCGAGUCAUAUUUUCUGUUAUGUCACUGGUUGCGAUGUGUUGCCACAGUCUGAACUUCAUUUUGUUAAUUCUUUCUGACACAAGGACAGACCUGCCUUAAUCAAAAUGAUUCGAUGCAUAUGGACAGAGUUUUGUUUUAAAUCAACGAAAGAAAAUGAAAAGCCGCAUUGUACCUGAGGUUAUCUACGCCCUCCUCUCUCUUUCCCCCUUCUCUGUCUUCACGUGUAUUAUUCCCCCUUUAUCUCCCUGCAGUGACUCUUUGCUUUAUGCCUGCUUUAUUUCUCUGCUCCAUUUGCAGGUGUCCUUGAAAAAACAGAGGAGGGGGAAGCGGCCGCACUCACCAAGGCCAAGACCCUUUACAAGUCCUGUACUAAUGAGAGUGAGUCAGCAGGCGUCAGACUCUAACACACCUUUUUCUGUCUGCUAUUACUUUAAAGUGACAUUUUUACUCAUUGUCAUCAGGGGUUAUGCUUCUACUAUUCUCUUUUUUUAACAGAGUGAAGCUCAAUAAGAAUUUUUAAAACUUAUUCAAAUUAAUUAUAAGUUCUGAGACGAUUAAAACUAAGGUCCUUUUACUUUAAGAGUUCUGAUAUACGCUUUAUUUUUAAAGCACAUUAUAUUAUUCAUCAUGUUUAGGAUGUGACAUCAUUUAAGCUCUCAAAUGUGCCCAAAUUUGAAUAGAUUAGCUGUGCUUAAUAAGAUAAAAAGUAUAUGAGCCAUAAAAGGGGUUCUUUGAAGUCUAUUUCUGGAUUUGGAUUAGUUUGAAAUACAGGUAUUCAUGAUAAAAAAAACAGCAUUUGUGCUCCAUUGAAGGUUUAAUUGAGCUCAGAGGAGGUGCUCCUUUGCUUGAAAUGCUGCCUGAUGUGUUCGAGUGGCCCAUGGCUGUGGAUAACUGGGACACCGUGUAUGGUAGGGUAUUUCUUUUUUUUCGCUUUCACACAUUGCAGGUUUCAGAAGAGUCGAUGGUUCUCAUUUCUUUUCCUCUUCUCUCUGCUUGUCAGGUAAAAGGUGGAGGUUAGAGGACAUCAUCGCCAAGCUGAAUGAGAAAUACGGAGCUCAACUCUUGGUUAACUUUUUUGUCGGCACUGACGACAGAGACUCCAAUUCGCACAUCAUUCAUGUAGGUGUGCGACUGUAGCGAGGAAACCCGUGUGUUUUUCUCUCUCUCUGUUUUAUAUCACCCUGACUCUCAAUCCUCCUGCCCAACCAGCUGGAAAAUAACCCACCUAAACUGUCUUUUUUUGCCAGUUCGACCAGCAGACAAAUCUUGGCCUUUUAUCCAGAGAUUACUACGCUUGCACUGGACCCUACGCUGAGGUAAAACUCACUAUAACCGUCCAAUAUAAUUUAUACUUUCAUUCAGAUACUAGGUGAAAUAGCUCCAUGUGUUCAGUUGGGCCACUGCCACAGAGUGUGGGUUGCAUGUCCCCCAGAGUUUAUUCCAGGAAACAUGAUGCCCGACAAAUAAUGAGAGCAUCAGUGGAAACAUCAGAACCUCAUUUAAGUUCGUGUUUAUUCGCAUGCUUACAUGACUUUGCGAGCGUGUGUGUAUGUAAUAAAUAAAAACUCACAGGCAGCAAGUGAUGAUUAAAUUUGAAGGGGCAAAAACAGCACAGAUUCAGUUUCGCCUAAAUCCAGACCAGAUGUGCGCGUUUAAAGCAGACAUCCUCUGUCCUGGUUUUGCUUUACGGUUUAUCAUGGAGUCUAGAUUUUAUAUGCAGAGAGCAGCACUCAACUACGAUUAGCUCAAGGCUGACAGUGUAUGUGUGUUUGUUUGUGUGUGUUUCCAAAAGUGCAUGCAUCCCUCUAAUUUUUGGUCAUUGUUUAAAUCCAAACCAGCGUCCUCUUUUCCUUCCUGUUGAGUAGGGUCGCAAAGAGGCGGAAUAUUUCCGGUAAAUUUCCAGAAACUGUCCAUGGGAAGUCAUGCUUGGGAAUUUUGGAAAUAUUCCAAAUUGGAAACUUUCCAUGGGAAUUAUGGGAAUUAACUGGAAAUUGGGGGUAAUUUAAACAAACUGUAUCAUAUCCAAACAUGAAUGUUAAUGUUUUUGUUUUGUCAUAAGCAGACAUCCAUGCAAAAUAGUACAAUAAAAAAAAAACAUGACAUUUCCACAGAUUUAUCUGAGUGGUGAUGGCAACGUAUCAUAUCUCUGUGGAAUAAAAUAACAAAAAAGCUUGUAAAACACUAACGCAAUGGCAUGAACAGAAAUAUAGUUGGCUAAACAACUAUAAUGGUCCUCAGAAUAUUUGACAACUGAUGUAUAAAUUAUCGUAUGGUUACAGAAAACCCCAUCGCAUUUGAGGUCACUACCACCACCAUAAUAAGCUAGCCCCUUAAAUGGUCAAUGAAAUGAAAAAUAGCUGACAUUUAGCACCUAUUUUUAUUUCAUUAUUUAAAAUAUUAAUACAAUUAUAGAUCAAAUAUAUUUACCCCGUAAUAUUAUCAAAACUUACUUGACUUUAUAUAGUCUGUGUGCUCAAAUGUCUUGUGCUUUGGGCUCAAAAGUUUGGCCUCCAAGGUUAAAGAAAUCAUCUGCGCAUGUGAUGGAGGAAUGCACAGUGCAUGUAGGAGGCAGUAAACAGUGUGCUGUGUGUAUGUGAUUGAGGAGUGUACUUGCAUUAAAUCUGUUUUUUUUUUGCCAAGAUUAUGCUACAAUAUAUUUUCCCCAACUAUAUUUAAAGAGCCAACCUUCAACUUUGAAAAUUUCCGGACUUUUGCAACCCUUCUGUCAAGUAAAGCUAUGAAUAUCCUGAACAAGUGUGUGGGUUUGUGUGUUGAACAGGCGUGUCGUGCCUAUGAGCAGUUCAUGAUUGACCUGGCUAAGCUGAUCCGCACUGACCGGGGACUGGGCAUCAACGAAACCAGCAUCAGAGAAGAGGUUACACGUGUUAUGGACUUGGAGAGAGACAUCGCCAAUGUAAGCACGCACUCAUAUCAAGCAUUAGUUUGUCAGAUUUGAGAGCUUCCAGCUAGUCUCUAGAGGAGUAUCUAACAGAGAAAAGGACAUACUUCUAAGCAGCUCAAUUUACCCAGCUCAUCAUCAAUCUCAGCCUCUGAUAACAGGAAGAUUUUGUGAGCAAACAAAAUCAGACACUCUGGCCCUCCACUGCAACCUCUGCGCCCAGCGUGUGUUUGUGCUCUCCAGUCAGGAGCAGCUGCGGCGUAAAACAAGUCGUUAACCAGCCUGAUCCCUGCACAGCAACUUUUCUCAGACAUCAACAGGUUUCCACACUUUGUCAUUCUGUGCUGGCUGGACUGCCAUGCUUGACUUCCCCUGCGCCCGGCUGCUGGCUUUUAUAAGGCACUGAGCGCCGGAGCUCUGACAUUUACAGACCCGAAGCCUCCCGAGGACUCCAAAUGUGUUUGUUGCUGCUGGACCUGCACAGCGGUCAUGCACGUGUCAGGAAACAGGAGGAUGAUGUUGUGACAGCUUUUUUGAUUUCCCCACCUCUUUGUCUUGCUCUCUCUCCAAGGCCACUGAUACUCCAGAGGACCGUAACAACCCAGUGUUGCUUUACAACAAGAUGGAGCUGGGUGAUUUAAACGCCAACUUCACCCUUGAGGUUGGAUCACAGGUAAAAAUAGACUGUUUAUCUGACUGAAUUCACUUUUUCUUCGCCUAGCUCUUUCCAAUCUUCCUUUUCCCUCUCUCUCUCUGUGCUCUCCAACUCCUCCUGAAGGUUUUCAACUGGAGUUACUUCACAGCUAAGAUAAUGGAUACAGUCAACAUCAGUGUUCCUGAAACGGAAAAGAUCAUAAACUACUCCCCCAACUAUUACCGAAGACUCAACCUCAUCUUGGCCAAAUACACAAAGAGGUAUGUGUUGGUAUGAGUGUGUGAUUAUGCCUGUGUAUCACAGUGCAAGCCUGCUUAUGAGUGUUCGCUCGCGGGGGCGGGUAGUGUUGCAUACAAUAAAAACAGCUGUUCACCCGUUACAAAUGAAUCGUAGCUUUGAGUGAGUAAGAGAUUGUCUCUGAACAUCCGCUCUCUCUUCACAGGGAUCUGCAGAAUUACAUGGUGGGCCGUUAUGCUAUGAACAAUGUGAUGAGCCUGAGCAGAGCAUACAGGGACACAAGGAAAGCCUUCCGCAAGGUACACCACAUUUAUCUGGGGAUCAGCACAAAGGCGACGUAAAACUAGAGGCGUGACUCUCAUAACCCGUGGAAACGAGAGAGAAAAACUGUUUAAUUCACAAAGCUAAUGCGAAAGAUGAAAUGCACAACACAGCAAUGGAGACCUGGUGCUGUAUGCACACAUUCAGAACUGGUGGGAACAAAACUGGCCCCCCUGUGAAGCUCAUUGCAAAAACACUGAUGCAAACAGCCAUAAGCAGCAAGUGUGAAACUUUUACUGUGGGAUAAAUGCAAACCUUUUUACAAGGAGUUGUGUGCACAAAUCUCAAAUGAUCCCAACACUGUAAUUCCAAACAUCUUAUCAACCAAUCACAUGACAGCAGUAUUUCCCGGUCAAGAGGACCUGCCCAAGUUCAAACCAAGCUACAACCCAUUAAGAGCUGGACCCUGUCUGAGACACACCUCUGAAAUCCUGAGGGCAAGUUGAGGAGUACAAUUAGUAUUUAAGAGCCUACACGUGGCUUUCUAGAUAACUAUCUUUUAUUUGUCUGAACCUUCAUCACAUUAUUGAAAAUCUUGAACAGACAAACUCAAAGAAAUAAAGUGGCUGUAUAAAUAAAAGUAAAGGCUCUGUACUGGAGAAUAAGACACAAUUUGCUUUUUGUAAAACAAGUCGCAGUCAUGAUAAAGUGUCCAUUCAAUACAAAUAUAAAUAUAAGAAAUAAAGUGUUGAAAGGGUAUACAGCUGCCCUAGUAUAGUGCCAGUACAGAAGCAGCACUAAAAAUGAAUAAAUAAAUAAGUGGCUGGCAGUGUGUUUAUGCUCACUCAAAGUCAUGCAACACACACAGAAAACGCUGAUAGUGUGAGCCAAAGCACUCAAUAUGAAGAGGUUGUUCAUACUGUUGGAUGCUUCUACUCUGAAGCUGCUCUCUGCCCCUGUCACUGUUUACUUUCCUCACAAAGCACGUAGCAAGAUCCGAGCAUGAAUCUGAGCCCUUUAUUAAGCUUUAUUAGCCUAUCAGACAGAAGUGUACGAUAAUUUGAUACGUCACAACUCCAGAAAUGAUGGAAGAAACUACAAAAUGUUACAAAAUGACAUAUCCGCGCUCUCAGCUUGGAGGGUAGAAAUGCGCAUGAGUGCCCCCAGCUUGGAAGGUUGAAGUGCACAUAUGCAACCAGCUAGUAAUAAGCACGGCAUUUCUUUAAGAUGUACUGAAUCACUAAAAUCAGUUCAUUAAAAAGGUUAAUUCAAAAGAUUCAUUCACCAAAUCACUUGGCGGGAAUUCACACUGAACAUGCACCGUUCCCUCGCAAACCGCUGCAAUGAUAGGAUGCUGUGGGUUCUGUGCACUACUUGUUACAUCAUGCUGUCCUAUUGUAUGCAAGUUGUUGUAGUGGUAAUUUAGUUGUGAAAGAAAAGGUAUUUUUGUCUAACAAAGAUGAUUCCAGAGAGUGUAGUUCAAGCGUGAUUCAUUUACCAAGUGAUUCAGGCCUUGUUUGCUGGCUGCUUGCCUGGCAAUGCUGCGUGCUAUAGCAGCUGCUCUGCUAACAGCUCAACUGAGGUGAGAAACGAACGAAUCAUCUGAGGAAAUGAUUCGGUUCAGUACGUUCACUUAAAAGAUUCGGUUCGUUUGAACGAAUCGUUCGCGAACGACACAACACUACAACCGGCUUUCCGCGUGAAAUGCGCCGCGCUCCGGGCUUGGAAGGUUGAAAUGUGUACAUGCUGUCCCGGAUUAAAUGGGUCAAAACGGGGAAGACAGGUGAGUUUUAAUGUGGCAGGAUUGUGCCAGAUUGGCUGGUCUGAGUGUUUCAGAGAAUACUGAUCUCACUGGGAUUAUUAUGCACAACCAUCUCUGGGGUUUAUAAUGAAUGGUCUGAAAAAGAGGAAAUAUCAAGUGAGCGGGUGAGGAUGGGAGAGGUCAGAAGAGAAUAGCUGGACUGGUUUUCGCUGAUAGAGAGGCAACAGUCACUCGUUACAAACUCUGCAUGCAGAGGGACGUCUCUGAGAACACAACAUGUGAAGCCACACAAGCAGAGGCCGGUACGCGGCGCUACACCAAACAGGGAAGACAUAAACAGCAGUUCACAGCCGGUACACAGCGGUACCCAAACUUUCACCCCAGCAGUAUAUUUAGGCUACAUUUGCUUACCGUGUUGCCGCACGUCGGUCGGUCUGCACUCUGCGUUGUAACCGUAAUAAUCCAAAAGGACCAUGCUGCUUGCGAGUGAGUGGCAUUUGCUUCCGCAAACAAACAAACCAGAAGUGGGCGCGCACAAGUCGCCCUUUUGAUUGGACGCUGGUUGCCGAGGCGCUGGGGACCGUCUUCCGCCUUUUGCGGAAGACAGCUGCUUCAAUCUUGAUGCAGAAAUAAAACAAAAGGUAGAGAAAUUUUUAUUUUGUGUUUGUAAGCUUGAACAGUGAAGUCAAUUCAAAUAUUUCUGGUAACUAUUACAGUUAACUGUCUCCAAAUUAAGCUAAAAAUUGUGUUUAUAGAAUUCAUACAGAGAACUAUUCACAAAGUGUUGACAGGUUCGUAUCUACAUACAAGUUUAAAUGUUUUUCUCUGCAGCUGUUUGUUUGGGUUAGCAGAUUAUACAGAAUGUGUUUCUGAGGUUCAUGUUAUUUUGAGGUCCCAGCCUCUGAUUGGUAAGUGCUGUGACAUGUGAACAUGGUUGUCCAGGAUGUUAAGUUUUUGGGUGAUUUUGUUGGGAUGAAAAGAUGGCUGGAGAGUAAAAGUGCUGCUUAGAAAGUUAUCCGUCUCCAUCCUGCUGUUUCUCAUCAUUCGAAUUAUCCAACCACCUUACAUCGAACCUUCACGUUACAUGUUAAAGAGAAAGAGAGAUGCAGCAGAUGAUGAUACUGCGGCAUCAGAGUCGGCACCUCAUUAAACUUGGGUGUGCUCCUCUUGUACAAAGCUUACAGGUACUUUCACGCCUGUACAUGGUAAAUCUCUGCAACAGCAGCAGAGCGCCACCUUGGGGGCCAGUCCUUUCAGUGAAGAAAAAACAGCAACUAAGAAAACAAUUUGCAAAGGCUCACCAGUAUUGGACCGUGACGGCUUUGAAAACUGUUGGCUGAGAGAAAGCAUGGAGCCAUCCUGACUUGCAUCAAUAGUUUAAGCUGCUAGUGGUGUAAUGUGUUGGGAUACUCUCUUAACACACAGGGGUCAAUUAAUCAUCAUUUAAAAACAUACAUUUGUCGACAAUCAACCUACAGUGCAUAGAGUAGAGAUUUUUGCUCUGUCAGGAUUAGAGUGCACAGUGCAGCCCAGCACAACAGAGAGUGCACAGACAGCAGCAACAUUUCAUAGACAUCUUUUCUCUUGAAUAUAAGACGUACAGUUUACUUUGUAAAUUGGAUCUUGAGACAGAUCAGAUAGAGGGGGGAAUAAGAAGUCUCUGCCUGUGCUCUGAAUUUAAGCCAUAGGUAGCUCAAUAUUGGCAUUGUUGUAUACAGAACAAACCUGCUAGCACUCCUAAAACUAAACAUGAGGGUGUCUUUCUGGUCCUACUUGCUUCCUAAUGUAAUCAUUUUACUCCUGCCCAAUUUCUUGAAGUUGUAAUGCAUGCAAGAAUGCCACAAGUCCUUUUUUAAGCGAUUUGCUAAAUGGUUUAUGUUGCAUACAAGUUGAUCAGUGCCUUGUUACUGUCCCUGCAGGCCAUGUCCGGUACAACUUCGGAGGCAGCCGUGUGGCGACAGUGUGCACUUUAUGUCAACAACAACAUGGACAAUGCUGUGGGACGACUGUACGUGCAAGAGGCCUUUUCAGAGAAGAGCAAAGAACUGGUUAGUAGAAAUUAUACUUGUGAUAUAAGAGUUUGUCAAGAGUUAGGAGUGGGAGGGAUAAAAGAAAAUAUGCAAAUGUUUUCAAGAGGAAUCCCUUGUUUUCAGUUUGAGUGUGAUAAUUACAUGGCAGAAAUGAUUCUGUGAGCCAUGUGUUUUCACAAGCACCAUGUGACAGUGUGAAAAUAUUCAAAUAUUCAUACUUGCACAAUGACAACUUGUGGUUUUUCUCUGCCAGUUGAGCUCUCUCUCUCUCUCACACCAGUGUUUUUUUUUUCACCCUCGGUCACCAUGGUUUUGUUUUUUAAGCUUGUAACAUCGAUAUCAGCUGAACAAGGUGUGCCUGUUAUCAUGCCCACACCACCUACACUGUAAAGCCCACCUCCCAGCAUGCAUGUGUAUAUAUGCAGUCUUCAGCACAUGAUUAAGUGAACAUUAGCCAGACUGUGCAUGUGCAUGUACGUGUGAAUGUGUGUUUGCGUGUGUGUGGCAGUGUGCAUCUGUCAUAACGCUGAGUGUCUCACACACGGUAAAUCUCUGUCAUCCUCUGGACGUUUGCCCACUCAAGCAUGUGGAUCUCUCAUCACACGCUGUGAAAAUGAGCCUCUGAGUGUGAGUAUGUAUGUGAAAGUGACAUACGACUCCUUCGAGUGCACGUACGAUCACUCAUUUCCACGAAUACAGGGCCCUAUAUACGCUAAUGCGCUGAGUGGACUGGCAGCGGAGAACACAUGCUGCUCAGCCAUUAAAAAAAUUAUGUCAGAUAUAAUUGGCAGCAGAUUUUAACCAAGUACAUUUACAGAAGUUCAGCGUUUUAAUGGAUGUUUAAGACUCUUUAACUCUACUUGUCUCUACGUGUUUUUCAUUUCAUACUUACUGCUGCUAAUUUCAUGUGUCAGUCUACUGCCUUUAAUUGACAACUGAAGCUUAUACUUAGCUAAUAAAGCAUCAUAAUUGAUACAAGUUUUCAUGUAAACACUAGUCAAAAUUAAAUUUCCAGAAAGAUUAAAGUUUGUUUGUUAACUUAGAAAGCGUUAGAAACACAUUGAUUUUUGUAUUAGGGAGAGGCUAUUUGAAGUGCAGUUGUUAUUUGCUGUAUAAUUUGAAUUUUAGGAUUAAUUUAUAUUGCGUUACAUGAAAGUCAGAGGAUGCUGCUUGUCCACAAAGGCCUCCAUUGCCCCUUAAAUAAAGGGUGAGCAAGGGGGCAUUUCAGCCAAGAAUGUUGGAUAUUGUUGCUCACUUUUAUUUCUACACACAUUCAACUGCAGUUUGGACUCUUGUUCUUUAAAACAAAAGUUUAAAAAUAUAAUUCUUAGAGUCGUUUAUGACUGUACUUUAUCCCUCUUUUACUGGACUCUCUCUGCUGGAGCUAUAACUCCUGAGCAUUGGAGUCAAAGUGAAUAAAAUUCAGUUUAAUAGUCACAGAUAAGCACCCCCAAAGGAAAACCAUUAUAAUUCUAAAGCACACUUUCAUAAUGUAUUUGGAUUUAAGAGGCUUAUGAUUGUAUUUAUAUGAACCCUUCAUUUGACCCGUGUGAAGUAUUAUAAAGGAUUUCAAAUGUAAACAGACGUCCGAGCGUGCUGCUGGCCUCAGACAUUCAUGUAUGUACACGGCACUCAUUUACUGGCACAGACUUGAAUACACACACACACAUACACACACUCACACAUACACACACGCUGUAUGCUGAAAGAGUUUCAGCAAAGCCUCAUCAGUAUGAUCCCUGCGGGUUUGUGGUGAACCACAGCGUGUUGUCCGAGGGGUCAUGCAGUGAGGGGUCCGCUGAUAUGAUGAGACACUGGAACGCCUCCGUCAGCUGGCUGUGGUCUCCGCGGUUAGAGGGAUCUGGAUCUGGAAGAGCGGCCUCCUCUAUCACAACAGUUUUUGUUUUGUUUUUUCUCAUUGUAUUUGGUUUUUAAAUGUUUCUUUGUUCAAGUACUUUAUUUUUGAGUUAUUGUAAUUCUGUUUUCAAUUCAUCCCUGGACAGAAAUGUUUUUUUUUCUUAUCAUCUGAUAACCAUGGCACAGAACAUGGUUUAGACAGCAUUAUGCCAUCCAACGGCGACAGUCAGUCUGUCUGCGUGUGUCUAUGGAGGCGUGUUUAUUCUAGUAAAUUCUUUUAGCUCAAGAAAUCAUCGAUUGAAGAAUACCACAGGUUCUAACUAUUCAUGUCAUGUGGAUUUUGGAGCACCUUACUGCCUGAAUUUGCAUACAAAAAUAGUAAAUCCCUUUGUCUAAAUCACCAAUGUUGUGUUCAUUAGGAGUUCUGUAUAUUGGUGUGAUGGUGAAACUUUGAGUUCAAACACUUAAACCCAGAACUACUAUGCAUUUGUAAGUAAAUUACUAUUAGAUCUUCAAAGUUUAAACUGCUCGUAUCAUCAAUAAUGCAUGUGCAAACUGUUUUUGUUUAGCUAAGAGAUUUUUAAAGCAACAUAGUUCGACUUUAGUAAAGAUGAGUAAAGGCAUGUGUCCUUUAACACCACAUUUAGCUCCGCUGUAGCACAGUGUCUGCACAAAAACAGUGGAGUUCAGCAAGAAUACUCACAGUGUCAGCUUUCUUUCACUGUCAAGCAAUGUCACUUCUCCCUCACCGACGACGGGACAACUUUUUCUACCUUAAGUGAGAGAAUCACUCUUGUCCUGCAAACAUCAGACACAGAGUCUAAAUAUACCGAUUACCUUUUCACAUCCAAACCGUUUUAUUAUAACUCCUCAUUGCAUCUGUCUUCUUUUUACACGUACAUUAAGAUGUAAUGUCUAUUAAUCAAUCUGUAAACCUGUUCACAGUCACAUAACUGCACGUCCUUUAAUAAGAAGUGAUUUCCUCACAUCUACUGACAGAGGAAGUGCAAACCUGAGAGCCUCCUCUGUGAUACGUGACUUUGAAGUGAUGAAGUCUGAAUAACGGGGGCACAGUUUUAUGACUGCAUUGCACAACUUGUUGCAAGGUCUUUUUAAAGAGCUUUUAACUAAAUCUUUUGUGAAGAUCUUCAGAGGAACCCUCCUACACUUUGGACUUUUGUGUUGACUGACAGUAAUUGUUGAGCUCUUUUCAUGAUCUGAGUUUUGUGACUGUUGUCCCCCUUCUUUCUUUUUUGUGUGUCUGUGUGGGCAUCAGAUGGAGGAGAUGAUAAAAGAUAUCCGGGAAGUGUUCAUUAGUAACCUUGAUGAUCAGACCUGGAUGGAUGCAGAGACCAAGAAAGCAGCAGAGGAGAAGGUUUUUUUGUUGUUGUUGUAAUCCACUUUAUUUCACUCUCAAGGACUGGAUAUGAUGGCUUUUACACUUUGUUCACUUUCUUUCACUUCUUCUCUGUAGGCCAGAGCUAUUCGGGAACGAAUCGGUUAUUCAGACAACAUUAUGGAUGACCGAUACCUGAACAAUGAGUACAAAGACGUGAGUGUUUGCAAAGAUGUGAUUAUGACGGUUUUUCUCCCUGUGCUAAAUCAGUGUAACAGAGUACAGAGUGGGUUCAUUGUGGCAGCAUACCAAUUCUCUGAAAAAGCUCCCUGUGAAUUCUCGGCUUUCACGAGUUCAGCGAGAGAAUGUAUGACCAGGUGUUGAUAGCUCUCAUCACGGCUAAUCCUCCCAUUUCUCUGGCUGUGCAUGUGUUGGUGUUAGCUUGACUACAGUGCAGAGGAGUACUUUGAAAACAGCCUGCUGAACCUGGAGUAUGCGCAGAAGAAACGCCUGCGGAAACUCAGAGUUAAAGUCAACAAGGAGGAGUAAGUUUUCCCGGUGGGGGCAGAGUUAAAUCAAUGCUCAGGGAACAGACUAAUUUAGAAUUUCGCAGUAUUUUAAACUUGGAGUUAUAUUUGAAUCGCUGAUAACAUUUUUUUCUUUUUGCUUAUGGUGCUUGUGGUCUGACACACUAGCUUGCAUUUAGCACGGUGCAUUCACAUUCUCCCACACAAACUCCUACUCGCAGACACAGUUCAGCCUUCCUCUCAGCACAGCAGGAACUCUAAUGUUAGCACGUUGAUAUAACUCAGGUUAAUUUGAAUAUUCUUCAUUGAAUGUGAAUUGUGCUGCACUCUGGUGCUUUCUUCCUCUACUAUGCUGAGAUUACACCCUGUUUGUCUCCCUCAGGUGGGUAACCGGAGCUGCUGUUGUUAAUGCUUUCUACUCAUCCAGCAAAAACCAAAUAGGUAUUUUCACACUGGCACUUGCAAACAGAUUAAGCUGCUAAAACAUGUGCUGUUAGUCAAAAUUCAACAUUUGGUUUUGCUUUGGAGAGACAAAAAGAAUCUGCUUUUUUUUCCCCCCCUCUGCCAGUUUUCCCUGCAGGCAUCCUCCAGCCGCCUUUUUUCAGCAAAGGCCAGCCCAAAUCCCUCAACUAUGGUGGCAUCGGCAUGGUAAUCGGUCAUGAGAUCACACAUGGCUUUGAUGACAAUGGUACGACUUUCCACUGUGUUGCUUGCUAAUCCUCCCAGUGGUAGUUUUGGCAGCUCUAUUGGUGUUUGAGUAAAAUUAAAAAAAAAAAAAAAGGGAUUACUCUUUUCCGGUACCUAGUCCCACCUCAGAAAAAAAUGCUUUCAAAUGCCAGCUUUGUUUACUGUCUUGGCUUGCAUAACCCCAAUAAAAUUCCACCUCACUUAUUUUCAUGGGGUUAUGAAAAGUGAUGAUAUUUAAUCUCAGAAAUGCCAGGAUACUUUUAUACCACUAUUCAUAACUGCAGGCAGUCCAAAGCGCAUAAACACAACGAUAAUGAGAUAGAAAAAAGGUAAUUGACCUCGAUUACAGUGUUGCUUUUCAUAAAUGGAUAUUUGUUGAGAGCGUUUACACGUGUGCUUCUUGUUCAAGGUCGAAACUAUGAUAAGGACGGUGACCUGAAGAACUGGUGGACGCCUGAAUCCACUCAGAGGUUCCUUGACCUGUCAAAGUGCAUCGUCAAUCAGUACAGCAACUUCUCCUGGGACCUUGCCAAUGGACUUCAUGUAUGUCCAUGCUGCCCUUAACCCCUCUUUAAGUACAGGAUUAGAUCCAGUACAGCUCCACUCUUUUUCAGAGACUCAUUUAUUUGCUUUCUUUUUUUUUUUUUUUACCUUUGCUGGCUUGCCUUUCCAUCUUUCCUCCAGUUUUGCAGACUCAUAUGUCUCUAAUAUUAUUUGUGCUGACAUAUCGGUCCUUCUCCCUCUGUUUGUUUCCCCUCCCCUGUCCUGUUACUAUGAACAAUGCUUCUUUUAUACCCUUAGAAAAAUGACUUCUUGUAUCCCAAAGACUGAUAUCUGCUAUUUGUGGUAAUACAAAGGAAAAAUUACCGUUCUUCCUAGGUACUGUUUCCUAACAAUCUUUGUUGUCUCUCUCUCUCUCUCUGUGUCCUGUCUCUAGUUAAAUGGUAACGACACCCUCGGGGAGAACAUUGCUGACAAUGGAGGGAUUCGACAGGCAUAUCAGGUAAUGAGCCCGAAAAACAAAGGAGGGAACUCGGAUUAAGAGCCCCGGGUUAAAGAUGACAGGGGAUGACAUUCAGUCCACAGUUUGGUUCUAUCUACUGCUCGCCCGCAUUAAUGGAUGUGUCAUUUUGCCAGGUCACUGACUGGCUCAUUAGCUAUUGUAAACACAACAACAAAGAGCAUGGUGUCGCAGCUGAAUUCAGCAGUUUUGACCAGAGGCGCAGAGAAAGGGCGUGUGCAGAUUUAAAUGUGAAAGCAGACAAUAUGUUUUUCAAAUUAGAUAAACUGUAACACACAUCCCUUUUUAGACUUAUUUACACGAUCUUAAAGGGAUAUUCCAGUGUAAAAUUAAUUUAAGGUCAAACACACGGUAACACCGAGUUAGACAACCCCUCAAGAGAUGAAUGUUGCCGACUGCUUGCUUUUUCUAGUUAUACAAAUUUUAGUAAUGACCACACGGUAGCAAUACACAGCGGUCUGAGGAGCCAUAAAUAAACCUCAACCAAAACGCCACUCUAUAGCCACAAAUAAUGCUCAGAACAGCACCUAACUUCAUCAACAGUACAUAUAGGGUCAUAGCCAUAGUACUAGCCACCAAACAUCUUUUGAACUUUGUCUAAUUUCCUCAGCAAAGAGACUAAACACAACUCACCUACUCUCUUCCAGCAGCCGCCUGUUUGUAGCGAGACCUCAGGCAAGUCCAUUACAAACUGCUGCGGGUUGACACAGCCCAGGAAGAACAUUUAUGAUCAUUACUUUAUCGUUUACUUGAAGUAAUAAUCAUCAUUUUAAUCAUUUUGCACGGCAGACGCGGUAGUUCUUCUGCCUUAGUGUUUCAGUCUGAUCGUAUUUCCUUGAAGAAAUCAUCAUAAAUGUUCUUCCUUGAGCUGCGUCACCCCGCAGUAGUCCGUAAUGGACUGGCCUGAGGUCUUGCUACAAACAAGCGGCUGCUGGAAGAGAGUAGGUGAGUUGUCUUUAGUCUCUUUGCUAUAGAAAUCAGGCAAAGUUAGAAAGAUGCUGUGUAUUACUAUCUGUGGUUGUUACUAAAGUUGGUAUAACUAGAGAAGCAAGCAGUCGGCAACAUUCACAUCUUGAGGGUGCGUUUGACCCUAAAUUAAUUUUACACUGAAAUAUCCCUUUAAACUCUAAAUCUCGACUUUUUUAUGCUAGAAACAAUAGUGACAUGAAUAAGAUUCAAAAGUUUCAUGUUUCUUGCAUGCUAUGAUAACUCUAACAGAAACAUUACUGAAUGAAUCAUGUACUUUCAAGUACUUGUGCAAAAAAAUCUGUUUGUUGAAAUAAGUCAGGAUGAAAAUAAAGUCAAAGCCAGACUCCUACACUGUUUGGAUUUGCUGUAUGCUGUACAGAAUAAAUAUAGCCUCCCAUUAAGUGCCCUCUGGCACAGAUCAGUCUGGGUCUUUGGGCCAUGCAGUUAUUGUCUACAUUUAGCCAGAAAAAAUAGACUUUUUUGAGCAGAUGUUGCAAUAUUACAGCUGUGGGUUUGUGGUGGUUUGAAGCAGUAAAUGCAAAUGUGAAACGGUGAUAAAAGAAACAGAAUAACAAACAAAACUUGCACAAUUUUUAAUAGUAGGUUUCAGAGAUUUUCAAGCAUGGUUUUGGAUGUCAGCGAGAAAGGACAUGCUGGGGCAAAUUCUGUGAAUCCACAUUAAACUGGUCAAGUGUAGAGUAAUAUAAAACACUUUUACAGGAAAAUGUCUGAUUUUUUGCAUAUUUUAUGUUUUUUUAAAGUGAAGUUAUUAAAAAUCUCUGUGUUGGAUUCAUUCUGCAGGCCUAUAAAAACUAUGUGGAGGACAAUGGGGAGGAACCACCACUGCCUGGCAUCGACCUUACCCAUGAUCAACUCUUCUUCUUGAACUUCGCCCAGGUAGUAGCCUUUUGGUUGAUGAAAUGGAAGCUUGGAUGACUUAAUGAACACAUGACUAAUUAAUUGGAGAGAUAAUUAGAUGAAUGAUGUGGUUGAUUAAUGAAGUAUGUCUUUUUUCAGGUGUGGUGUGGAACACAUCGACCAGAGCAAGCUGUGAAUUCCAUAAAAGUAGACGUACACAGUCCAGGGAAAUUCAGGUAUGCUUGGAGGGAGAGUGAAUCCUUAAAAAUAAACCAGACAUCUGCUUCUUUUUCAUAAACUUUAACCCCAACUUCUAACCUCCUCUGAAUCUGUUACAGGGUACUCGGCUCCCUCCAGAAUUUCCCAGAAUUCGCCAAAACAUUCAGCUGCAACAAGAGCAGCUACAUGGUCCCAGACAACAUCUGCCGCGUGUGGUGAUCCAUGGACCUGUGGGAUAGGGACUGCUACGGCGUGGAUCACCCCUAUUCCUCUGCAGUACCUCCCCUCUCUGACUGUUGAAACACUUGUGUGAGGGGAUGGCUACAUGGAAGUGGAAGCUCCUCUAAGCUCUUUAAUGGAUGAACCAGGGCUGGUGGACUGACACUGCAGUAUGCACAAUCCUCUGAGAAAAGCAGUGGACUGUAUCCUGACAGACAGAAACACAGACUGUCUCUCCGACUCUGAUACUGUAGUUCUUUCAAUCAGCCUAAUUAUUCUGCUUCUCUCUGGUUACAGUUACUCCCUAUGUUUUACUUUUUUUUCUUCUCCUCAUUUCAACUCCGGUUUGUUUUUCGUUUAAUCUGCCAACACAUAUGUGAGUGCGUUUCAUACAUGAAGCUGUAAAAGUAGUAGAGAAGAGAGGGGCAGAUGGACAAAUGUGCUGAAACCCACUGGCAUAGGAAUACUCACUCCCACACAUACUUACACACGUGUAUCAGGGCUGAACCACCGUUUCUGUAUGUGGAACUGAGCUGAAUACCUCUCAUAAAACCUCAGCCGGUGUAAGCCUACAUCUACUUACUGAUUCACUCAACAAUGUACCCAUAAUGUACUCUUUGUUUAUAUAUAGAGCUAGAAAAGGUAAAUUAUGAUGGAAAAUUCUGAAUUUAUUUUAUCAAAUAGACAGUGGAUAUUUAACCGUGAUCACAUAUUACACAAUACUCUCCUAUAUUUAACUCUAAUGACUUAACUGCAGUUGACAGGCGGCCGCUGUUCAUUAGCAGUCUGUCAUAAUAAACCAAAUUGAAGUUUUCGCCUUUUCAGAUGACAGCUGGUCGUGAAUCAUUGAGCUGACAAUCGAAAAAAUACCAGACCCCUUUUUUUUAUACACUCACCGAGCCUCCUGUGCGUUUCUGUGUGGCUGUACAGUGUGUCUCUAUUUGUUUUGUCAUCAGAAUCACUGCCUACAGUUUGUCAAGCAAGCUGGUAUGCCUUACAUGAUCUGUUGUGAUACGCUGUGUGAGCGAGGGUACAUGUAUCUGCCAGAUAACAAGGGGUAAGACAGUGUAACAUUAAAGGGAUAGUUUGAUAUUUUACAAAUACUUGAAUUGGCUUUCUGGAAGAGAGGUAGAUGAGAACGCUUAAACCAGCAGCCUUUAGCAUAGCUUAGCAUAAAGGUUAGCAUACCCUACCAUUAUCUAAAAAAACUUGAGCGUUUGUUUGUCAAAUCCGGGUAAAAAUGUUGGAAGAAAGUUGUCAUUUGCAUUAACCAAAGAGCUGUUAUCAUCAAAUAUAGGCUAAGAUACUCUGUUUACAGCUUCUACAUAUAAAUGUAGAAUCUGUACCCAGGGUCAGGACUUUCAUUCUGGUUUGUUUUAGUAGUAUAGAGCAACCGAACAUCAGCAGGCUUUGAUACGAGCAGGGAAAUGAUCAGUAUGGAGAGCAAAAGCAGGUGGAGUGCGAGCUGUGGAAGUUCACGAACAAGUAUUUAUUCAUCUGUAAAAGCAGAUAUCUACAUGCCAGUCAGUUCAGGAUCAAAACUUUGACAUGAGUGAUACACCUGCUUCAUGUCGUGCUGCGAAAGCUAGUUAGCAUAUGGAUUCUCUGGAUCUGGAAAACAUCAGGACUCAUCAAACCCCAUUCACACAAGUAACUUACUGUCUACCACUGAGCUAAGACCCACAACAGACUGAUGAAUUGAUGGCACUGACUUUAAACAUCUAACCAUAGCACUGAGAAGGAAGUCUUGGCUUGGUGUCUUUUAACGCUGGUAGCUAGCCAAGAAGUUGGCGCCAGUUUCUGAACUUUUUACUUUCCUUUCCUGUCGGACAAUGGUAUAUGAUUGUUGCUAAGCAAUUUGAAGAUUGAAUCGAGGCAAAUGUACCGUAUUUUUCACACCAUAAGGCGCACUUAAAAUCCUUUUGGCUUGUCAGAGCAUUGCAGCUACCGCAGCCUCCGGUGCGCCUUAUAAUCCAGUGCGCCUUAUAGUGCGAAAAAUACGGUAAGAACUUUUGAUUCCAGUGAUUCCACUGGACUAAGCUCAUGGUCCCAUUAAGAACAUAAAAUAUGAAUUCAAUAACUCACUGGAAUUGUUGUCUGGUUAAGUUAGUUACAACUCUGGGACCAAAGCGAGACAUAUAAUCGAAUUUGGACACAGCAAUAAAGAAUGAGAUUUUCUGAAACAGAUAAUAUUUGAUGGAUAGUUGCAAUCUAAAGUUUGCAUAGCAGGACCCGGGACUUCUGUACCCUGUGGGUUAUAAUAACGAAAUAUAACAUCUUAAUUUGUAUGCUUCAGAUUUUACUCAACCUUUUCAUACGACUUGGCCAGCUGUUUCCAGAGUCUUUAGGCUAAGCCAAGCUAUCCAUCUCUGGCUGGCUCUCCAUAUUAAACAGACUGAUAUAGGAGUUGUUUGAAUAGAUUUAAGUUUUGGAAAAUGUGCCAAUUCAUGUACUCCGCCUGAUAAUAAGGGAAUAAAUCAAAAAGGUGUAGAGAUUUUUGGGUCUGAGCUUGGUUCAGCUUUCUGAAAAUGUGCCAUCUUACUGAUGUUUUUCUUGUUUUAGUGAACAAAUGUCAAGCCACAGAAUAUGACAUAGUUAAGCUUUCAUAAGGAUGCAUAUCUCUGUUUUAAAAGCAGGCAGAGUUGUGCUGAAUCACUUUGAACUUUUCAAAGUCUGUGCACUUUUCUAAAAAAAACCGAAGGUGAACUGAAGUCACUGGAUCCAAGUUUAGGAUUCAUUGUUUUAUAUGGCUUUAUUUUUUCAUGUUGAAUUGUACCAGAAGGCUGUAACAUCGUGAACUGUUGGAAUUUCUGCCUUUUGCCUUUUUUUACAGAGAAGUGCAAUGAACAAUACAUCAUGAUGAUCUAGCCUGUAGACAACACCAUCCAUGUCCAGCCUUUACACAUUGCCAUUUCUCCGCCUGUUAUUUUCCUCUCUUGUUGGCUUUCUUUCUCACUCUUUCCCCGGGCUUUUUUCUUUCUGCCUCUCACUCUUUCCCCAUCACUCCACCUGUAGGAAGACAGAUAUACCUCAGUUGCCUGUAUUUAGAUACUUUAUAAUAAUGACUGAUAAUCAUCUCGAGGAGCUUUUCUUUCAAAAUAAAUCUUUAAAUAACACAC